UCCUCGGACGGUUGGGGGACGGUUUUGGGUUUCUUCGCUUCUUCUCAGAGAUACGAUGCGCUUUAUUUUUAACGGCGGUUUCCCGAGCGACUGGGCAGCUUUGGGAAAAGGGGAGCGGCGGCGUCCCUUCCUCGAGGGUCGCCUGAGGGAAACCGCAGCAGCCCCCCAUUUCCCCUCACGGAAACCCGGCCUUUCGGAGCGGCGGCGGCGGCGCUGCUGCCUUGUGGCGGAGCGCGGCGUCGAAGGAGGGCCUGAGCUUGAGGCGGCCUCUCCUCCUCCUCCCUCCCACAUAAUAUUUCUUUCUCCCUUCCCCUGCGUGGGUCACAUGAGAAGGGGCGGGCGAGCCUUGCUUAGCAGCAGCAGCUGCGACGGGCGGUAGCGACAGUCGGAGAAGCCCAGCCGAGGAGAAACGAGGCGAACGAGGACAUCGGCAGCCGCCUCGGAGCUGAGGGGAGCCGGAGCCGCCGGCCGCCAAGCGCCCCCCUCAGGAGUCCGCGCGGGCUCCUCGCGACGCCUCUAACAUCGCCCAGUGCUCGGCCAGCAGCCCCAACAUGGACGAAGACGGAGGAGGAGGAGGAAACGGUGAGUAGUGGCGGCAGAGGAGUUUGGUUUGGGAGCUUUAUGAGGCGGCGGCGACGGCGAUGGAAGACCCUGGAUAAGGGGGACUCCAGCAUCGCCCUCACACGCAGAGCGACCAGAGUGUCUCUGAGCGUGUGCAGAGUUUCUCCCUUUAACGCAGGGAUUCUCAGACAAUUUCGGGAACAGUCUGUCAGCUUCAUCCAAGGAGGAUCAGGGGAGAGAUCUGUGUGUGUGUGUGUGGUUUGGGUCGCCCUAUUUCAUCCUUGCAACAAUCCUGUGAGGUCGGUUUGCAAGUUGGGCGGUGUCGGUCCCAAGAGUCUGACAUACUGGAGAGCUUCUUAUACCAGCACUUUUUUGUUUAUGUUUUUGGCUCUGCGAAUUUUAAUGCCUCUUGUUUGGUUAGUCCCCAUAGUGAACAUAUAUUAUUUGGGCGAUCAGCUGCAUCCUUCCUGUCGAGGUUCAGAGCAAACUUGCCUGAAGUGCAGUUUGAUACUUUAAAAAGAAGAAGAAUAAUCUCUCUCUCUCUGUUUUGCUUUGGUAAAUUGUACGUGUGAUUCCUGUGUGGGGAAUGAAACCAAGUACCAAUUUCUCCUUCUCCCAGUUCUGCACUUGAGGGAGUUUAAAAUCCUUUCCAACAACGCAUGAUUACAUUGUCAUGUCAGUGAAGUGCAUUUUGAUUCAGAGAAGAACUGAAUUGACAGGGUCAAGUAUGCAGAUAUAUUGCACCCUCUCAGAAUAGUCUCCACACAGCUUGAGGAUUUUUUUGGUCUUCGGUGGACUUCUGCUCCUGUUCCUGACACGUACCCCAAGCACAAAGAUCACACCCUUGCCUUCCAUGUACUGGCCUGUUUCUAUACAGUACUUGCAAUCACCAAUGAAGAUUAAAGUCCUCCUUGCAACACCCGUAAGCAUGCACUGAAUUUUGGAAACAGCUGACUCCUUUUACUAUGCUUUUGACCAGCCCAAUUGUAAUCACAGUUUUGAGGGACAGGCUGAUUGGCAUUAAGCUAACCAUUUAAAUGAUUUGAGUGAUGAGUGAUCCUUGUUCUUCUGAAUGACGCCAGUCACCAUGUCCCUUGCUUCUUUUGUUGCCCCACUUCUCAGUUUCCAAAUUUAGUUUUGCGAUAUGUCAGAGAUUGAGUUGGGUAGUUUGAUCCUGACAGCUCAGAACUGUGUUGCUUUUUACUUUUUUGCAGGGCAGGGUGGAACUCUGUGAGCUGGCAGCUGCUGUCAGUUUGUGGGGCUAGCUAGCAACCUGUUGCAGGUGACAUAUAACAGUGACUGUCCUCUGUGGUGACUCUGAUCCCUAUACAGUGGUACCUCGGGUUAAGUACUUAAUUCGUUCCGGAGGUCCGUACUUAACCUGAAACUGUUCUUAACCUGAAGCACCACUUUAGCUAAUGGGGCCUCCUGCUGCUGCCGCGCCGCCAGAGCCCGAUUUCUGUUCUCAUCCUGAAGCAAAGUUCUUAACCUGAAGCACUAUUUCUGGGUUAGCGGAGUCUGUAACCUGAAGCGUAUGUAACCUGAAGCAUAUGUAACCCGAGGUACCACUGUACAACAGUUUUUCCUUUCAUUUUACCAUCGCAAAUAUUACUAUUUCCCCUACAGUUCCAAUCCCCACGUGUUCCUAUGUAUGCUUAGUCCCUUGUUCUAAAUUCCAUUGAUUCACAGACGAAAUGGGUUAUCCCUUUUUUACAUUUGUGAAGCUAUACAUAGUUUCACAGUGUUUCUGUACUUUGCAGUUUUAUUUUGGCAACAUAACCUAUUCUCCUAUUUUUUCAUCCUGUUGCAGUGAGUGACCCCCUCCCAAUAGCUACUCAUAUCAUGUCUCCCAUUCUCUAUAACCACUUCCACUCUUAAAAACAACAACAACAACAACAACCCUCCUCAUGCGUACCUCUUGACAUGGUUUGUUCCUAUCUCCUAACUGCACACAACUCCCAUUCAUGUAUAUUUUUCUCUGCCCCCACACUGUCGCCCACGGAUUGCUUUUUCACAUAUUUAUCAGUGCCUCUCGGGAUGGGGCAGAGAAUUGAGAGACAUGAAUAUAAUAAGGAGUAGUGAGUAGUUUUCAGGCUGCUGCCUGCUAUAUAAAGAGGAGUGUUGUUGAAGGAGGAGCUGGGUUAAUUUUUCUGGCAAGGCAAAGCAAGCACUGCCUGUUUUGCUAAUUCUAAUGUAGGGAUGCUGUUCUGAUUGGGACUGUUCCAUUCAGCAUGGAGGACAAUAGCGAACUCUGUGUCAUGACAUACCCUAACUUAUUAAUGUCCCCUUCCCAUUUUCCCCCUUGAAAGGUCAUCUGUUUCUGGAGGAGGAAAAAUGAAUGCAUAGUGUUUAGGGGUUGUGUCAAUGGUUGCAAAAGGCAAGUUAGUGAUGCAAGAUGAGGCCUGGGUAUAAAAGAUCCUAUAGAAAGGGGAGAAGACUAAGGGACAUUAGAAGCUACAUGGAGAUGCAAUGAACAGUUUCAAAUUGUUGAUUUGUGCCACCUGUAGUGUUAAGGUCGAUGACAAAUUGUUCGUUCUUUCACAGUGAAAUCCUUGUGUGUUCUUUAGCCUGCCUGAAAUUGUGUAUACGCUUUGCUGAAAACAAUGUGUGAUAGAAAGGUUAAUUGUUUCUUAUAGUUUGACAUGGGCACUGUUGCUGCCUCAGUCUAGGUGCAGCAGUAAUUGCUAAGCAGUUUAUCCAGUUUGAACAGGCAUACAGUUUCCAUAGACAUUUGCUCAAAUGUUUGUAAACACAUACCUUUAAAAUCUAGGACGUGUAUUUCAUAGUGUCCUUGGGUACUCCUUCAGGCUGUUGAAUUAUAAUGGAUGUACCCAUAGUUUGAACAUCAUAUAGGAUUUUCAACGAAAGGGAUUGGGUUAAGACAUUUGAGUUAAGCUUUGCCUAAUCAAACAGCACACAAAGGACAGUGGUAAUAAAAUUGUAAAAGUAAUUUAUGUAAUUUCAAGACCAAGGCAUUUUAUCAAGAAGUCCUUAGAACAACCAUGGGACCCUGUUUCCCUCCAGGUAUAUGCUAGACUGCAGCUCUGAUCAUCUUUGACUUUUGGGUAUGCUGACCAGGGCUGAUGUUAAUUGGAGCCCAACAAAAUCUGGAGGGUCACAGGUUCUCAUCCCUGCUUUAGAAUAAGGAAGCUGAAUUUGUUCUGUGUUCCUUUAUUUAUAUUUGUUGUGCAAAUAUAUGAAGAGCUAGUUAUGUGGCAUGAGUAAUAGUUGCAUUAUGAUCUCUUGCACUAAGACUAAGAAGCUAGAAUUCUGAAACCAAGUGGGUGUGAUGUGUUUAUCUUGACAUAAGGAAAAAAUGCUAGGAUUAAUCAGUGACAUGUUGCAGGAAGGCAUCCUAUAAACAAGCAAUGCUGCCAUUAACAUUUCUCAGCAGUUGUUUCCUGAGCUGUUUAGUAGGUAUUUGAGACUGUUCCUUCAAAAGCAAACAUGUGUUUUUGGCAGUCCUGUUUUCUACAAACUAGGUAGGGGGUAAAAUGUUAAAUAAGCUGCCAAAAUGAGCAAAGUUAGACUUUCCAUAUUUAAAACACUUUUGUGUAGGUUGUAGUAUGUAUUUAUAAAGAAUAAUGGGCUCCACAUGCAGUUAUCUAAACAAAAAACUUUUGAGACUGUCUCCUCCUUUAUCUCAGCCUCAGAUGAAAAUUGCCUUUUUGUGUCAGUUUUGAAUGAUAAGGGGACUUAGAAGAACCCUGUUGGUAAGUGUCACCCAUCUUUAACGCACUUCCCUUUGGAGGUUCUCCAAAACCUGAACCUUAAUGUGUUCCAGUUUGAUAUGAAUGCAUAAAAACAAUCACAAAAGUGUUAAAGCUACAACAACAAUAUAUUGAACAAAUAUAGUGGAAACUCUUCAAAAUAACAUUAGUUAUUGUGUUUACUUUACUAAGGUUUUGCACUUUAUUGGUUGUUUUAUAUUUACUGCUCAUAACUAUACUGUUGCUGGAAGAUCUCUUGCAAAUUUAAUGAAGGAUAUGUAGUUCAUCAGCCCCUGAUUAUGGGUCCAAAACUGGCAAUCCAGCUGGUGGUGCUUCGUUGUAAUGUCUGAAAGGAUGGGCAUUGCAUACAGUGAAUUUGAGCCCCCUAUUAUUUUUCCAAGCAGGCUAGCAUUGUGCUGUAAAAUUAAUUUGGGGAAAUAAAUUAACUGAAGACAAUAUAGAGAUGAUUUGGAGGUAAGGGGUUAACUGAAGAGGAGUUGAAUUGAUUUGGAGCAGGAUCUAUUGGGCAAUUAAUGGGAUAAAUGAAUGGAAGAGGAACUGAUUUGGGGUAAUAAUAGGGUGGAUUGCAAAUGAAUUUAAUUUAUCUGGAGCGAUUUGGAUGGGGAAUUAGUUGGCUUGACUUGUACAACAUUUGAACUCUAAAUUUGCAUAUCCAGUAACAUAUGCAAAUCUGUAAGGAAAUAACUACAAGCACACACUCCAAAUACAGGCACAGCUUGUGAAUGGCCCCAGAGACCUUUUCCUUCACAUAUUAAAAACAUGCUUUGCCAGCUGAAUAUUCACAGUGUCACUCAUUUGGCUCUGGUUGGCAGCAGCGCUUGUAAUGCCCAAAGAUGUUUGUUGGACAACAUUCUUCUUGUUGGUUUAUGGAACUAAAAAUGCCAAGUAACAUUAAAAAUGAAACCCAAUGAUGUUUUGUCUCAUUACACCUCUAAAGUAGCGAGUAUCAACAUUUUUAUGUGGUUUCCUUUUAAUAUUCACAGCUUGUUCAAAUUAGACUUUCUGAGACUGUGCAUGCAUAGCUGGAAAUCUGUUCUCCCUUUUUUAGUCCAAAUUUAUUUUGGCUUUUUAAAAAACCUCUCCUGUGUUGACACCAUGUUUCCAUCUUUGUAUUUUUAAGUGUAUUGUGUUUUCAUUUAGUAGAGCAGUGGCUGCGUCAAGCUUCCUUGCAGUGAUCUUUUUCAUGCAGAGAGAUUAUUUGAACUGCAGGUAAUCUGUGCCUGCAGAUGGGAAGGAGAUUUUCUAUCACUUUUCCUGUGUUCAGUUCAGAAGAAAUGGAAAUCCAGAUACUUAUUUUUUAUGUAUUUAUUUACAUUAUGAAAAUAGAGGAUAUGAAAUUUUAAGCAUUACUCUUAUUGAUGGUUGCCAUUGGACUGUCAGCACUGCUAAUCUAGGGUUAAUUUUGUUCAUGUCCUCUUUCCUGUUAACUCAGCAGGCGGAAUGUGUAUUUCUUGGUUUUUGCAGUUCUCUUGACAUGAAAAACUAAUAUCUUCAGAGAUGCUAAUCCUAGAGAAGGAUUCUAGUGCUGCUUUGUAUACAACUCACUGGAUUUUAAUUGAACAUUUGGUGCUAUUGGAAUACAUUGAUAUUGGUUGAAAGUAUUUGCAGCUGCAUGCUCACAUUAGCAGUUAUUUUUUGCAUAAUGGGGCAUAUCCCAAAUCAUUCUCCCUGCUUUUAGGUAAUUCUGAUUGGUCAGUGCAUUACAGGUGGUGAUGAUCUCAUUUUAGAGAACAUGGAUGGUUGUUUCCAGUUUGUGUCCUGAACUAGGACUCACUAUGCUGUUUGGGAAUGUGUAGCUGGAACACCUAAAACUGUAUUAACUUUUACAUAUUUAACCUAUAAUAGUGUUGUGCCAUGUGAAGCCACUUCCUGGGCGGUCUCCUGUUGCAGACUGGAGUUAGCAGUGGCUGAAGAUGCUGAAGACUAUUGACAUAGAGUUAAAGCUGAAUUUUAGUUGUGCCUUGUGCUUAUCCCUCUGAAUCAGUAUCUGUUAGCUAUAUCUCGAUGCUAACAGAUUUCUUUGCUUUAGAAUUCUUUGUGACAUCGUGGAGAUAUUUGUGUCUCAUCCUUACAGUGCAGAGCAAAAUCAUUUUUUCUCCUGCCAAUACCUUCUUUCUCCUUAAGAAGAUCUGACUCCAGUUGGAGUUUAAUGGCUCUGGCCUAAGCUAUUCAAAAUAUUUCUGACAAAUGAAGAUAAAUGUGAGUCUUUGAUAUUGAUGUGUACACAUACACACUUAUGUGUGCACACACAAACACAUCCAGUAAAAGUAGAUGGGAGUUCUUACACAAGAAAAUUGCAUCACUUGUACUUGUGGUAAUUCUCUGUACAGUAUUGGCAAAAUAUAAGGGUCUCAUCUUGUAAACAGUGAUUUCCUUGGUUUCCUUGGUAUGCAGAACUUUACGGAAGCUAGUUCUUUCUUUCUCCUUCUAGGCCACAAUUACUAAUAUAUGAGGGUUGCUCAUUAAAGAUUUUCCCUGGCCCACUUCCGGUUAUUGUAGGAGGGUGAAAUUGAACAUGUGUAAUGAUACAUCUCUCAAUAGGUAAUGUGGUAAUUUGUAGCUCUGAACUCCUAACAGUUUCUCUGUUAUGGGUGCUAACAUGGAGUAAUGUCUGAUAAUGGAACCAGUUGAAUGCAGAGCAGUCAUCAGGUUCCUGUACUUGAAAGGGAGCAUAUCAUGGGAGACGUUCAGUGAGAUAAAAGGGACUUAUGGGGAGGAUGCCCCAUCGUAUGACGUAGUCAAGCACUGGCAUCGUCAGUUCAAGUGUGGUCAGACUUUGGUGGAACGGCUCCCAUUCCUGGGUGACCACAAUCUGCCAUUGAUGAAGACACCAUCCGGCAAAUGAAGGCCACAAUUUAGGAGGAUCGCUGCAUAACUGUUUGCCAACUAGCAGCAUAUGUCAAAAACAGUGUGGGCACUGUAGAAAAAACAUCCACAACCAUUUGCACAUGGGAAAGGUGUCUGCACGGUGGGUUCCCUGGCUGCUGCUGCCUUUCCAGAAGCAGGAACGAGUCACAUGCUCAUGGGCUCUUUUGGCCAUGUGUCACAAAAACCUUGAUGACUUCUUCACCAGACUAAUUACUCAGGAAGAAACAUGGGUCCAUCCAAACAAUGGAAGCACUCUGCCUUACCACCUUCAAAGUAGGCACGUGUCUAAUUGCCAGUGGGCAAGGUCAUGCUCACAGUCUUUUGGGACCAGUGCGGAGUAGUGAUGAUGGAUUUCCUGGCAAAGGGUACCAUACUUACCGGGACAUACUACGCUUCACUGAUGCAGAAAUUGCGGAAGGCCAUCAGAAUCGAGAGGCAUGGUAUGCUGACCAAAAGUAUCCACCUCCUGCAGGAUAACACCCCAGUUCACAACUCGCAUGUUGUUCAGAUGGAAGCAUGGUCUUGUGGCUAAGAAAUCCUUCCUCACCCCCCUUAUUCUCCUGACCUUGCACCAUCAGACUUUCACCUCUUUCCAACCAUGAAGUUAUUUUUGAAGGGCAAGCUAUCUUCAGACGAUUAAAUGCUGAUUUCUGAGUUCAAGACGUGGCUUCCGACACAACCUGCCGACUUCUAAACACGAGGUCUCUACAGCUGCAUAAAGCGAUGAGGAAAGUGUUUGACUCUUGCUGGUAGCUAUGUAGAGAAGGACUAAUAACUGUGCCUAGUUUCGUUUGUCUCAGUCCACGGGAAGUACGUCAGGGGAAAUCUUUAAUGAACGUCCCUCGUAGUUAGUUGUAUGUCAGCUAAUUUGCAAGACAAUAUGAUCCCAUUUUAUACAAUUUAUCUUUUGGCCUAAAAUAUCCUUUUACUUAAGUAAAGAUUAAAAUAAUGCUAGAUUAUGACAGAAAAUUAUUUCUAUUGAGGUCCUAAAGUAAAGUACUUGGAAAUAUAUCCUACUAGUUUCACUGGAACUUCCUUUCCCAUUGUGGUCUUAGGGUUGAUAUGACAAUUGGUGCUAAUCUUCUAUUUUGUUCUAAUUACAAAGAUCUCUGUAUUUAACUGAAUUUUUGAGAUGAUACUGCCUUCUCCAUUGAUUGCUUGAAUUCUCAUCUUUUUAUGUAGUUUCAAUUGGAAGAGGCUUCCCAUUAAUCAUAGCGCUUUGGUGUUGGUGUCUUUGAGUAAUUGAAAUCCUGGCAUCCAGUAUGGCAUUUGAUAGCAAGCUUUAUGUUGGGUUAAAAUUGUGAGUGUUUGUUUUGAAUACUAUCCUGAAAUUAAGUAAGGACUCUUCUUGAAUACAAAUUCAUAGUAUAGUAUGGCUUCAGUUAUCUUGUGUACUGCUCAUACUUGAUUUAUUGCUUCCCAUCCCUUUGAAAUAAAGUCUAAGCUGCAGCUGCUUUAUAAAUUUUCUUUUUUUAAAAAAGAAUUCCACUUGUAUAUAUAAGUUUGUUGCUGGUUUUUUGCACUGUUGUGAAUGAUAACAUGCUUUUUAUGUUUAAAAAAGCUAACAUUUAAAUGCAGUGAUGGAAAGCUGAAAAUGGCAGAAAGAUAUUGCCUACACUAUGUCUGCACAUUAACCCUGAAUUUUGGGAGUGCCUUCUUGGAGUGGGAGAAAUAGUUGCUUGCUCGUCCUGUUCUUGGUCUCUCUGUGGCAAAUGUCUUUCUAAGAGUUCCUAGUCUGGUAUUUUAUUUUUUUGGCACAAGGCACCUGUUCCUCCAGAACUGGACUGAAGCUAUUCCACUGAGAAUGUGAGGAGUGGGGAGAGAAUGCAGAUUUAGCACUAUGUGUAAAUUACUUACGUUUAUGUUAUAAACCAAGGUUGCUUUUGAAGGAAAUAAAAUUAAACAUUUUAAAAUAAUUUGAAUGUCUUACAGCUGUGGCUUAUCUUUGUGCUCAUCAGGAAAGAUGAAUGAAUGCUGGAGAAAAAUUGAGGCAAAUGGCAAAUGGCAUAAUUUAGCCCCCACCCCCAGUUUUGUGUCUUGUACCAAAAUGCAAAUAGCUGUCAUUCACUCAGAGAAAAACCAUGUGUAAUGUUAACAAAUGGAUUUUGUUAUGACUUCAUGACGGUCCUAAUAAUACUAUUACCAACUGUAGACUUGGGAAUUUUAUCCUAUGGGCCCACAAGACUACCUUUGCUUUUUAUACACCUGAAGUACAGUAUACAUAAUCUAUCCAUUCAGGGCAGAAUCUGCAACCAGAGGUGGAGAAUACUCUACCAUUUGAAGAUGGACUCUCCUUUUUCUAACUGUUAGGUAAUGCUGCACUGCUUGGCUUCCAUUGACUCUUUUACGUUAUACAAGAUCCAAAAUUAAGCCCUGGCUUUGCCAAGGUAAAAACUACCAUGCUUCUCUUUAGUUCUGCUUUCUGCAUACCCAACAACCUGUAUGCUAUGCUUAAGGUAUUGGACAAAUCUGGAUUACAAACUGGGCUUUAUUUUCCUCAAAACUAUGGGGGAAAACAGUCAUUGCUGCUUCAUUCCAGAAUCCUAGGUGUGUAACCUGAUAUCUGUAGCACCUGGGAGGAACUGCAAUCUCCAUUGUGGAAUUGAGUCUACCAGAUGAUCUCAUGGCUACAACAUUGAACUUAAUUUUGUACUCCCUCAUCCCUUGUCCUGCCACCUCCUGCUCUGUGCAACAGCUUGCCCAACGAAGAGUUCUGGAGAACUCAAAAGUUUGCUACCUUUUUACCCCUUUUUUGUUGCUCUUAAUAAAGGUAUUGCCCAACUAUAGACUUCGUAGGAAUAGUCUGAUUGUGUAACUGGAGUCUAAUGUAAAACACACACACGUAUCUUGGAUCAAGAAGAAGUUUGUGCCUGCUGCUUCAAUUUUGGCAUUCCCUGUGUCUGAGUGAUUCACCUUGCAGUUUGGACAUGCUUUUUAUUUAUUUAUUUUCUGCGGCAGCAGUUUAAUCUCUAUAAAGUUACUUGGAUAUUUUGCAUGAUUGUUACCUCAUUCGGAUUUUGACUGUAAGCUUAAAUCCAGCAGAUGCUUCAUAAAAUACUGGCCCUGCAAACUGUUGUUUUGGACAGCAGCAUUUCCUUUUUCUUGGCACAGACACACACAAUCUGCUAGAAAGCCAUGUGUUUUUGUGGACCCCUGAGAUUUGUCUGAAGAAGGAAAUGGUUUGACCUGUUUGGUUGCUAUGAAGUAAAAACACUCUUGUUUGUAUUUUUGUGAACAUCUGUGUUGCAUUUAUUUAAUUCCCUUUCGGAGAUUCUUAAAACCCUGUAGCAUGAUGUUAUAAGGUUUCAUUAAAAAUACAUUGGUGCAGCUAUAGUCAGUUCUAAUGUCUACUUGUAGACAGGUCUUAAGUGGUGCUUAACCAGAUGUUGAAACUGCCUGUCCCAGCCAUGUCCCCAAAGGGGUAUACAAUACUCAUAAAAGGGGAAGAUGAUAGGGCAGGGGUGUAGCCCUGAUGAUACAUGCCUUCAUAAAAAUAAAAAAAAACCUGCAGGAUGUGACUGUAUCAUUACACAGGCAGGCCAAGUAGAGAGGGUGUACUGUUCAAAGUGUGUGUGUGGAAACAACAUUACUAAGGUGUGCCCCCCAGCACUUUCCCAGCUUUGGGAAGGAAGUGGGAGGGCUCUAGGGCCCUGCCAGAGCCUUGCACCUCCUUCCAAAAGCCUGGUGCCUCACUUAGGAAAGACAGUGUGAGGGUUGGGUGGGGGCAUCAAAUUUUGGCCUCUCCCCACCAUGCAACAAAGCAGUGUGAGGCCCGAGGUUCUUUGUUGAAGUACUCUUGCGGCCCAUGUGAUAUGAAAAGUUGGACCACCCUGGUCUACACCGACUGGCAGUAGUUCUCCACAGAGGUUCAGUCAGGGGGCAUUCCCAGCCCUACCUGGAGUUGCUGAGUAUUGAAUCUGGCACCUUCUGUACACAAAGCAGAUGUUCUUCAUCGUAACAUUUUAUGCAUUGCAGGUUAUUUUUACAGAAUGGAUUUUCCAUAGUAAGAGGAAAACGGAUUAAAAAAAUUAAAAAAUACAGACUCACAUUUUGAUGGCAACAUCAUCAUGUGGAUGAUGUUAACAAACUUGUAGGUAUGAGCAGCACUGAUUCCACAGUCAAACUGUGUGCAAUCACUGCUGGUUGUUUUGGUGCCAGCAUCAUAUUUUUAUGACACUUUAUCCAUCCCUGAGCAGGUCUUGCACCAUUUGAAGGUGGUUCCUAAAGCAUCCUGCCAUCUAAGCAGUUGAAAGACUUUGGAGAUUGAAAUCACCUUCAAAGCAUUUUCUUCUGUGUUCAUUUCCUUGGCUUAUAUAUCCAAUUAUGCUUUACUCAGAAUAGACCCUUUGCAAUUAAUAGACCUAAGUUAGUCAUGCCCAUUGAUUUCAGUGGAUCUUCUCUUAGUAGGACCACCAUUGGAUGCAACCUGUUAUUGUUUAGUGUUUUCUUCUUACUCCCUUUCCUAUCCUUAGCUCUCAGGACUAGAGACUUAAUUCUUAAUGAAAGCCAGGACUACUUUCUCAAUGAAAGCUAAUGUUUGUAUGUUUUUAACAUGGAUGCCUCAGUAGUCCCCUGCAGGCUAUAUGUUGUGAACUUUUUCCAUAACUAAUUACAUCAGCACCUUUUGAUGUUGUUUAACUAUGAAUCAGAAACUUACCUGUGCAGUUUUAGGAGUGUAGGCUGAAAAGUGUAGCAGGGUAGGAUAAUUUUUGUAAUCCUGAAUGUAAAAUUAGUCUUUAUUAAUUUUAAUGUGUGAGGGAAAUGUGGGGGCUUUAAAAACAUUUGGAAUGCACAGUUGUAAAGAUAAAUCUCUCCUGUGUGUAUGAGAGCAUCUGUAAUUUAUAGAGUUGAUUCAUUACACAGCACGUCAUUAAUUCUCUGAAUAUGUUUUCGCAUGAAGCCGAGUAUUUCCUGCUAAUUUAUUCAUGACCUGUUGUACCCUCCAGGUACUUUCUUUCAAAGAUUUUUGUUACUUGGUAAUGGAUCAUAAGUCUAGGAAACAAAGACAGUAUUUUUUACGGGUUUGCUUUUUUAAAAUUCCUAGUAUGCCAGUUUUGCAAAAAGAAUCUUGGAGGUUUAAAAAGCUGUAUAGGAAACAAUGUCAAGCUGGUUUUCAGUCUGGUUAGUAGUGGCCGGUAUGGCAGUACAGUAGAGCUGCAUUGCUCUGUUGCCUUCCAAACACUGUGUGUUGUUGCUGCCACUUACUAAGUGUGGGAGGUGUGUGGUGCAUGGGGCCUGGUGUUGUGUGUGGAUGCAAGAAUGUUGGAUUCAAUGCACUGCACCAUAUCGAGCUCCCCAGCCUCAUUCCUUCCUGUCCUGGUAAGUGACAGUGACACAUGGUGUUGGGAAGCCAGGAAAGCGACACAGCCCUACCUGUGCCACCCUGCUGGCCACUGCUACAUCUGGUGUCAUAUAUGUGAUGCUUGGGAAUGUAGAAAGCUCCCUUAUACUGUGUCAUGCCAUUGUUCUAUUUUGUUCAGUAUUGCCCAUGUUGACUGGUAGCAGCUCUCCAGGAUUUCAGGUAGGGAACAUUUCCAGCUCUACCUGGAGAUAUCAGGGAUUGAACCUGGGACCUUCUGCUUGCAAAGCAGAUGCUCUACCACUGAAUCACAGCCUUCUCCAAGACUCUUUGGACCAGCCACAUCCCUGUCUGCUCUAGGAAUCCAGCUUGAGCUAUACUGCUUUCCCUAUUUACUCCAGAUUUACUGUUUCUGUGGAAAACCCUGCAGAAAUGGUAUAUCCGGGGGAGAAGGUGAUGGUGGAACAUGGGACGGGAUUUUGAUAAGGGCAACUGCAUGGAUGCUGCAAAAAACACACACAAAAAAACAACAACAAAAAGAAACUUGCACGCACGAGAAGCAUCAAGUCCAUUGCCAUGUGGAAGGAUCCUCAAUCUCAAAUCUCCUUUUGAAAAAUAUAUUCCCACCUAACAGUGUGGGUGUGAUAUCAGAAACAAACAUAUGAAGUAGCAUUGUACAACCUGAUACAGUUGUUAUUAAUUAAUUAAAUUUUGUAUUGGCCUUCAUCUGAAGAUCACAGGGUGGCUCGCAACAUAAAAAUACAAAAUGAAAACAAAAAAUACAUAAUAAAACAAAAGCAAAAUAAAAAACAAUAAUGCCCCCUCACACAGACACAUUAAAAAGGCAAUAGAAUGUUAGUCAGCCAAGUGGCUGUUGGAAUACCUUUUGAUCAACAAAUUGUUAUUUGUUGAAUGUGUGACCACAUAUGAACAUAUGUAUUUGGGACUCUAGCUAGCUAGGUUGGAAGUGGACAGUUUUAGCACCAUGCACUGAAUUAGGUCAGCUAAUUUCUUAGGACAUGGCCUGCCAGCAGAUGAAUCUGUAUUGUGGUCUUAGUGCUUCUGAGGUAAACCUAAAAUUGGGGUGUUGGAUGGACUGCAGUUGGCGAAUGACCCCAGUAAGAGUUAGCUUGAUUCAAAUAUAAGACUUCAUAGGCCAACACUAUUAAUCAUCCCUGUUUUAAAACAUUUAAAAUCUUGGACACUGCAUACCACCAGGCGACCUAAAUAUGACCUCUGCAUUUAGAGCAAUGGUAUGUCUUGAAAUAGCUCCAGAAGGGUUGUUUGUGGAAUUAACAUUGCAGAACAGAUUGAGUAUUGGGGAAUUACAAAGUAUUGGGGGAAUUACAAAGUAUUGAAGGUAUUAAGUCUUGUGUGUUCUUCAGCCAGUCUUUGAAUACUUUUCUCAUAAGACCUGCCAGUCUGCUUCCUGACUCCAACAGACCCUUGAAAUGAAACUUUCCUAGCAGGAUUGUGUGUUUUGUCCCGUCUUGAAAGCACUAAUGAUGUACUUGUGUAAAUUGUUUUGUAAUAUCCUCUUAUAGAAAAAGAAGCCAAGGCACCUGGAAGAGAAUGAGAUCUAGGCUACAGCUGUGGAACAGAAAUGUGCAUGAGACAUUUGGAAGGGAGUUGGCUCCGUGGAGAAGAGACCUUGUUCUGCCUGACCAUUUAAGGCUGCGUCUGCACCAUACCUUUUAAGCACCCCCCCCUGCAAAUAUUCCUGAGAACUGUAGAUUACCCUUCACAGAGCAACAAGAUAUAUAGUGUCCAGUUCAAGGGAAGUAAUAGUACCACACAAUUCUGCCUUGGUCAGACCACACCUGGAAUACAGUGUCCAGUUCUGGGCGUCAUACUUUAAGGAGGAGGACAACCAAGAUGAUCAAGGGUAUGGAAACCUAACCUUAUGAAGAACAGUUGAGGAAGCUGGGAAUGUUUAGCCUGAAAAAGAGGAGACUGAGAGGAGAUAUGUCUAAAAGGCUGUCAAAUGGAAGAUGGAGCCAGCUUGUGAAGAUGGAGAGCCAGUGUGGUGUAGUGGUUAAGAGCGGUAGUCUCGUAAUCUGGUGAACCGGGUUCGUGUCUCCGCUCCUCCACAUGCAGCUGCUGAGUGACCUUGGGCUAGUCACACUUCUUUUAAGUCUCUCAGCCUCACUCACCUCACAGAGUGUUUGUUGUGGGGGAGGAAGGGAAAGGAGAAUGUUAGCAGCUUUGAGACUCCUUCGGGUAGUGAUAAAGCGGGAUAUCAAAUCCAAACUCUUCUUCUCUUCUUCUUCUUCUUCUUCUCUGGCUCCAGAGAGUAGGACUUGAACAGGUGGAUUCAAGUUACAAGAAAGGAGAUUCCGACUAAACAUCAGGAAUAACUUUAUGAGAGCAAGAGCUGUUUGACAGUGGAACAGGCUCCCUCAGGAGGUGGACUCUCCUUCAUUGGAGGCUUUUAAGCAGAGGUUGGAUGGCCAUCUGUCAUGGAUGCUUUAGUUGAGAUUCCUGCAUUGCAGGCUGUUGGACUAGAUGAGCCUUGCAAUCCCUUCCAACUUUACAAUUAUGGUUCUAUGAAUUCCUGGCACCCUUAACAAACUACAGUUCCCAAGGUUCUUUUUGUGUGAGGAGGGGGGGGGAAUGUGCUCUAAAGAUAUAGUAUGUAUGCAGCCUAAGUCUUCCCAGCCCCAGCUGUGACUUUUUGAAGGUUCUUUCUUUUGUCUAACCAUGGCUAGAGAAGAAAUGAAGUAUAUGAUAGUUGAAAGCUUUAAUAUGCCUGGCCCUAAACAGCCUACUAAAUCAUGCAGGUAGAUUUCCUAUUAUGAUGGAGUAUGUAUCUACUUAAAAAUUUAUUUGUCCAUUAUGUUUGCUGGAAGGUCUUUCAGUUAUCAUUCUGGCACUCAGAGGGCUCUUGCAGUCACCUCAGUUUAUGCUAACAGAAGGACAAUACAUUAGCUCUUUCUCGUCAUGGAAGGGAGUGUUGGACCCUAAACUAUUACUGCUUUUUUCUGUUUUUUUGUGGUUUUUUUUUUGAAAAACAUAUUGUGCCAACACUGAGAGUCUUUGAUGAAAGGACAGGAUAUAAGCCCAUUGAAAGAAGCCCGACAGUUUACAUUAUAGUUGUGGCAAUUAUCCUAGGAGGGAAGGAAGGAUAUGCUAACAGAAUCAGGAUGCAUUUCAGAUGGAGUGAGGAUCUCAGUGGUUUGGUGGGUCAAAGAGGUACAGGAAAAGAAUUGGCUAGGCUGGAGCAGCAAGGGCCAAGGAGCAUCUUCUUAAAUUUCACAAGUUUAUAAUUAUUCACUGUAGUCAUUGUAGACAUUGUAGCUGUCACAUCAUUUUCAUGAGCUUGUCCUUGCUUUGGGGUAAAGCUAUUUAACUAAAGUUUCCUAAAGUGAAGUGAGAUUUCAGGGUUGAAGCAAUAAUCUUAUUGUGGGAUAGCAGCUGGGGAAAGAUUUGUGUCUCUAUGUGUAUAAUAAGUUGCAUGUGAUAUAGCUUUGCCUCAGAGGAAGUUCUUGCUGCUGCUUGACUGUUCCAUAGCAACAUACAUGAAGGUUGAGACACUAGCAGAUGCUGGCGAUGAGAAAAUAGAGUAUGUUGCACUGUUUGAAUAGUAUGUUUUCAUUCUUCCAGCACAAAUGUUUGUGCAUGUAUUGGAGGGAAAAGAAAAUCUAGAUAUUUUUAAAACUUUGAGCACCUUAUUAUCAUUCCCUCUAAUUGCCAAUUCAGGUGAUUGGGUGCCAGUCAGUUUGGAAGGGAAACUGGGCCACCCAAAAAAGAUACAUGGGGGCCCUCCCUCCUUUAGCAUUACAGAAGAUUGGAGAUUGGAGAAGAGAUUCAAACAAAACCCACCACCACCAUAAAAGGUCUGACAAGGACCUGAGAGUUUUCAUGGUGAGGACAUAGGGAUAAGAAAACGAGUGAAGAGUUAACAUCUGGGUUCACAUUCAAUUCCUGGCUUUGCUCCCCAAAAUCAGCACCAGAUUUAGGGUGGUGUGGGUGGUUCCUGUGCAGAGAGUGCUGAGUUGAGGAGGUGCAAAAUUGAGAAGAUCCAUUGAGGGCCACCAAAUUUUGGCCCUACACAGGGUGCCAUAUUACAAAAGGUUACCAAAGUCUGUCCCUGCCCAAAUGGAAGGUAACAGCCAUGCUAAAAUCUCAGAUCUUCCCAUUGUUGGUUUUCUAUGGCUACCUUCUGCUUAUACAUCUACCCUGGAGGUGAAAAAAGGACCUAAAGCAGGGGUAGGCAACCUAAGGCCUGGGGGCCAGAUGCGGCCCAAUUGUCUUCUCAAUCUGGCCCACUGACAUCAGCGUGUUUUUACAUGAGUAGAAUGUGUCCUUUUAUUUAAAAUGCAUCUCUGGGUUAUUUGUGGGGCAUAGGAAUUCGUUCUCCCCCCCCUCAAAAUAUAGUCCAGUCUACCACAUGGUCUGACAGACAGUGGACCGGCCCAUGGCUGAAAAAGGUUGCUGACCCCUGACCUAAAGACUCCAGAAGUUUGGCAAACUCUGAGAAGCUUAUCAGUUCAGUAAAUGGGUGAGAGCAUUGCUAUGGUGGUGGCCAGAGAAGGAAAAAAUAAGGGAAAUGAAGGGGAAGCCCAAAGAGGAAAUAGUUCUGCUCAAGCCCCUACGUAUUGUGAGUAGGAGGAGGAAUAGGUUGGAGGGAUGAAUGACUUGAAGCAAAGCAAAACAAAAACAAACUCCUCCCAACCCUGUACCAAAUGGGAAUGUUUCAGGAAAAAAGGAAAAGGAACAUCCUUUCCCACUUCCCAGAGCCACCCACCCACUUUAUAGCAACCACGUCCAAACACAAGCAUCCGAGUAUUACUUUAGUACAAGAGGGGAAGGCCUCUGAAGGGGAGGAAAAAUGGUCUUUUUCUAAUUCCUUCUGCUCAGUCUCCUAAAUCUUGACAGGGCUAAAAGGUUACUGUUCCAGGCUGUUUGGAAUAGGGUGCUCCUAGCAGGUGGGAUUACACAGCAACAUUAUGUUGCAGUGUCCACCCCUUUAUUGGUGAAGCAGAUCAAUAAAGCUUGUGUUUGGGAUGUGCUAGUUCAUGGGUAGGCAAACUAAGGCCCAGGGGCCAGAUCCGGCCCAGUCGCCUUCUAAAUUUGGCCCGCGGAUGGUCCAGGAAUCAGCAUGUUUUUACAAGAGUAGAAUGUGUCCUUUUAUUUUAAAUGCAUCUCUGGGUUAUUUGUGGGGCAUAGGAUUUCGUUCAUCCCCCCCAAAAAAUGCAGUCCAGCCCCGCCCCCCCAAGGUCUGAGGGACAGUGGACCGGCCCCCUGCUGAAACAGUUUGCUGACCCCUGUGCUAGUCCUUAAUAAACUACUUGUUUGACAAUUGAUUAAAGAAGGGUCUCAUGUGUUGGCUUUGAAAAGGUUGGUGUGCUUGUAUUUAACUACUUGUAGAAGUGAUUGUACUUCCCCUAUUAGUUAUUCAUACUUUCCAUUCUUCUGAAACCCCUCACAGAUAGUUUCUUGCUUGGAGCAGAAAUCAGAGUGAAAACUGUGGUGGUGAGUGCUGCCAAUUAGUGGGACCGUUAUUUGGCUUCUCCUGGUUCCACUCCAGAACUUUAAACCAUUUGUGGAGGGGAAAUGUUGGAGAGUGUAGCCCUGAGCCUUUUUGUCUUUUCUCUUCAGAGCAGAAAUGAUGACAUCAACUUGGGAGCAGCAGGGUAGUUUAUUGGCACCCCUCCUUGCUCAGGCAAGUGAUUGAUUGAUAAUAGGGCUUUAGUGUUUGUGACAGAUUAGCAUAGGGGAAUUCCUCUUCCAUGACUGUCAACUUCCUACCCCAAUCUCUCCUUUCCCAUUCCCAGCUUGCCCUGGUGUGUCCCAGUCCCAACUGCUGGGAUCCUGUUCCUCUUCUUCCUUCUCUCUGUUGUCUUGCCGGUUCAUGCCAAUCCCUUGAAAACUUUCUUUUAUGCAGACUGUCCUUUGCAGCUGUUUAAUUUGCCAGUCAUUUUGAUAUUAUUUGUAUUGUGACUUUAAUUGUUGUACACCAGCCUGAUACUUUCUGAUAUGGUGGUAUGGAAAUAUUCUUAAAGCUCCCUGCUUUAGCAGUGUUGCUGUGAAUUCUCCCUGGGAGAGUGGCUAUGGGUGCUGUCAAUGUUAGCUCAAGUACUUCAAAAUUUCCACUGUACCAUUGAUUAAAAAGAAGUUACUGAUACUUGUGGUGAACGGUUUAAGUUAAAACUUCUUUCUGCAGUAAACCGAUUGAAUCUAGGCCAGUUAUUCCUUUACAGUGGUACCUCGGGUUACAGACGCUUCAGGUUACAGACUCCCCUAAUCCAGAAAUAGUACCUCGGGUUAAGAACUUUGCUUCAGGAUGAGAACAGAAAUUGUGCGGCGGCAGCAGCGGGAGGCCCCAUUAGCUAAAGUGGUACCUCAGGUUAAGAGCAGUUUCAAGUUAAGAACGGACCUCCAGAACAAAUUAAGUUCUUAACCCGAGGUACCACUGUCCUUUGCAAGGAAUUGCAUGAUGGCAUGUGAUAAUCUCUGGUCUGUAGGUUGCAUUGUGACAGACCAAGUGGCAUUCCAGUUGUUGCAAGUGGUGCAGAGAUGUCCCAUUCUGACUUACCAUACCUCUCUCUUACGCCAAGCCUUGGGACCUGAACAUCCCCAAGUGUAGGUCAAAUAAAGUCACAAAGGAUUUACAGCCCGAUCAUGGGAACUAGCAUGCUGAGACAGUAGUUCAUAAGUUGAAACAUACAGUACUGACUCAGUGGGAAUGAUACAACCUCUCACACUUAACGCUGGAAAGCGACCCCAGCUCAGCAACUGGCAUAUGGCAACAACUACAGAACUUUUCUCCUGCCUGACACAGAAGCCCUAUCCCCAUGGAAAAACAGCUUGCCAGAUAUCAUUGUAAUUUGUGACCAAGUUUAUCUAGUUUUGGGGGAUAACUAACCUUUAAAAAAAAUCUGUGUUAAAUUGCUCGAUACACUAAAUUGCUUUUUACUGUUGUUGGAGGCUGGAUGAAACUAGUUAUCUAAAUGAAUUAUGCAUAAUUCUCAGAACUCUAAUUUGGUGGGUGGGUGGACUUGGCACAUGCAUUCAUUCAUGGUGUUAUAUUUAAAAGUCCAUAUGGAGCUGAUUAUUUCCUCAGCUUUCUGUAGUAAUUAUUUUGCUUUUAUUUUAAAUAAGGCUUUUCUAGUAUUUUAAGGCUCAAAUUCAGAAAAUAUGUACAUGCCUUUAUAUGUGUUAAAACAGGAAAAUGUUGGAUUACACGAUGGAGAAAUAAAUUGAUUAAAAUGUAGGGAAAUUUCUCUCACACUUUUCUCGGCUCUUUGCAUUAUAAAUGUAGCUCAAGAUCACUGUGCAUCUGGGAAUAAUGCAGGAUCCAGCUGUAUGGGUGGUUGUGUGUGUGUAUGUGUAUGGUUCAGUGGUGGUCAAGUCUAAGUCAUGGUGUAAAAAUUCACUACAGGAAAAAGGCAGGGUGGGAAAAAAAUGACGCUGUGUAAAAAUAUUCAAGAAAUAGCAACAGGAAGUUGGUGCCUCCAUUUCAGGCUUGUUCUUCAAACCCCAUGUUGAAAUAAUUAGAUGCCAAAGCUUUCAAGUUUAGAUGAGAUUAAGAAUAGGCGACUGUGAAUUUUCAUGUUUUCCUUCAAAAUGAAAUCAUGUUUAGAUAAUAAAAAAUUGAUACAUUUCCUGUCCCAGCCUUUCUCAUUCUGAAGUCCAUGUGAUCCAUUGCUUUCUUUGCCAUCAGAUAAAUAACAGGGUUUUUAAAAGUUGAGUGUUUUGAUGGAAAUGUUUCCCAGUCUCCAAGAUGCAUGAACAUUUUACUUUUUUGAACAAGGGGAGAAGGAAGAAGAAAAAAUGUGGGAAGCUGGAUGAGGUUUAGAGUGGACAGAAAAUGGUGGUGAUGAUGAUAACUGCAAUUAUAUUUUGUGUAUCUUCUUUGUGGAUACUUGUGCUCAUGAUAGUUUGAGGAGACAUUUAUACAGUUUAGAAGUGGGGGCUUGUUCCCAGCAAUAAUUAUUAUUAUUAUGUUAAGUCUCAAGUUUGUUACUCUGCACCUGUUGCAAUUUAACUUCUGAACAACUGUUAACAUGACAGUAGAUAUAAUUAUUUUUAAAUAGAUUUGAAAAUGUGUUGAGUGUCUGCCUUUUGCAGUUUUGCAAAUUGUGAUAACUUGCUGCUUUGCCAGCUAGGGAAGAAGAAGAAAAUUAUUCCUACACCUCUUGAAAACUGUGGGAAACAGAAUGUGAGGCUUUCCUUUUGCUAUGUGCCAUGAAAGCAGCCCACCUUCUGUCAAUGAGCAUGAAAGAACUCAGUCUAUCCUUGAUGAUAUAAGGCAGAGGUUUUCAACCUUUUUGAGUCCAUGGAUCCCUUGACCAAUUACAUUUUUUCUGCAGCACCCCUGUGGGGCUCUGGAGCCCAGUUAUGUCAGCCCUUGCCUGCAGAGUUGGCAGCCUCUCACCCUUUUUCAAACACCCUCCCUUAUGGAGUGUUCCCUCAGCCUCCUCUCCUCUCCCCUGACCUUGGGAGUCACAGCCACACAAGCCUUUGAGAGACAGAGAUGCAAGAGGUAAUCAGAGGAGGGAAGGAAGGAAAGAGGGUCAGAGGCCAGUGUUACCCAUGGCAUCCUGACCAUUAUUCAAGGCACCCCAGGGUGCCAUGGCGUACUGGUUGAAAAUCACUGGUGUAAGGGAUUAUCUCUACCUAUACCAGAUUAGGGUAAUCAUAGGAAUAAUGUGCAAGAAGUCCUGAAUUCCCUCAUAACAUGUAUAAGGUAACAUAACGUGGUAAGGCAGCCCCUUCCUUACACUUGUAAGGAAUUUACUUUAUCUCUCAUAUUUGGAGGUGAAAAAGUUCUGGGUUCCCUAGGAUCCUUGGAGCCCAUACCCCCAGACAGGUGAGAUACAGAAUACCAGCUUCUGUGUACCAGUAAGUGAGGAAGAGUUGUUCCAGGGCCCUGAGUAGGCUGUUCAGGGAGCAGGAACAGCUUCCUCUCUUCCACCUAGCCACAACCCCUUUCUAGCUCUGAUUGGAAUUUAUUUCCUUUAUCUCAGAAGUAUUCCAGUCUGAGCUUCCUGGGUCCAGGCUUACCACACUACACUGACUCUCAGGGAAAGGUGAGAAAUAUUUUAUCUAGUUACAGUGGUACCUCGGGUUAAGUACUUAAUUCGUUCCGGAGGUCCGUUCUUAACCUGAAACUGUUCUUAACCUGACGCACCACUUUAGCUAAUGGGGUCUCCUGCUGCUGCCGCGCCGCCGGAGCACGAUUUCUGUUCUCAUCCUGAAGCAAAGUUCUUAACCUGAAGACUAUUUCUAGGUUAGCAGAGUCUGUAACCUGAAGCGUAUGUAACCUGAGGUACCACUGUAUUUCAUAAAAUUUAUACACUGCUUGAUAGUAAAAACAAAAAACAAAAACCCCUCAAAGGGGUUUACUGUCUUUUACUGUAAUAAUACAUUCCUCGUUGAUUGGGAAAAGGUAUCUUCCUUCUCCAGACUUAAAAGUGCCCUUUACGUAGCCAUGGGGAUAUGCUUCUGCUCUCCAUUUCUCUAGGAAGUUUUAACAGAACAAAUAAAUGGGGUUGUCUUUCUCAGCCCUUGGACAGUGUUAGAAACUGAGAUAUGAAAGCUAGGAGCUAAACGGCAUCUUAAACCUAGCUUAUGAGUGCAACAACAGAAUGUCUAGGCAAACUUUUUAAUAACAAGAAUACAAAGCUGAAAAUGAAUGGACUGCAGCUAAAAUCUUAUGUUCAUUUUUCACAUGGUAUAGUCCUCAUCUGAAGACUUAAAAAAAACACACACAAAGCCAUGCUACCCCUGCCCACUCCCCUAAUAUUUUUAAGAGGGUCCCUUCUACAGUCUACAGAGAGUGGCUGGAAGUGGGGAGGCAGAAAAAGGUCCUCCUUUCCUUCCUCUUUGCAGAGAAGCCCUGGAUUCUCCCUAAACCCCCUUUCCUUCAUAUAAAUAUAUCUUUUUGGCACCACAAUCAACACAUAUUAAAGGCCUAUACAACUGAUGGCAGAGACACCCACCUUGAGAGUCCAGUUUGCAAACCUAAGACUUAAGGGUCCUUCAGUGAUUCCACUCCAAAAUUUGUUUCGAUUUUAAGCAUCACUGUGAGAGUCUGAGGUAGAUAACGUUUUAACAUGCACAACUUAAAUCAUCAUACAGGUAGGUAGCCGUGUUGGUCUGCCGUAAUCAAAACAAAAUAAAAAAAUUCCUUCCAGUAGCACCGUAGAGACCAACUAAGUUUGUUAUUGGUAUGAGCUUUCGUGUGCAUGCAUGCACACAAAAGCUCAUACCAAUAACAAACUUAGUUGGUCUCUAAGGUGCUACUGGAAGGAAUUUUUUUAUUAAAUCAUCAUAACUAACUGGCUAGUAUAUUUCAAAUUAAAAGCACAUCAUACAUUAAAAGUACAUUAAACAAGGCAACUAAGACCUAAACAAAACAUGUUGGGUUUAAAAGAGAAGAGAAGAGAAAAGAAAAGCUUUCAGGUCCCCAAUCCAUGCACCUUUUACUCAGGAGGAAGCCCCAUUGAACUUGGUUGGGAUUUACUUCCGAGUAACAGCGGCAAUUUUAAUAUGAAAUAUUAGGCGCCGUACUGCGCCCAGAGCUCAGAAACUGCUCACGUUUAUAAAAUUCCCUAUCACGAAACGUGCCCUUGGGAGAAACUUCCUGGACACCCAUAUAGGAAACUGCAGUUUUAUAGCUUGAAGUAAGUAAUGGAUGCAAUGUCUACUCGACUACUGAAGCUCUUCACUCUUUCUUCUCAGUCAACAGAUCAUUGGGCUCUCUUGCCAUUGCUGGCUGCUGAGAUCUUCUGGCUUAUAGAAAUGAUAGGGAUAGCAUGCAUUAAUGGGAGUGAAGUGAUUGUUUUGUGUGGGUCUCUGUAAAUUGUCACUUUGAAUUUCCAUUAAUUGCUAUGGAAACAGUGCUAGCUGUUUUAUAUGAACCCAUUCACUGUAGCAUGGGAAAUUAUAUGGAACUGCUACAACACCCUUCCAGAGCAUUUGUACAAACUAACUCUUUAAAGUGUUGUGCUAGAAAAUUUAUUCAAACUCAGAAUUAUUUUAUUUUAUUUUUAAAAGUACACUUCUUGUUUACACUUCCCACCAAAAACAUAAAUUAGCUUCAAUUUUCUUUAGAUCAUGUUCUAAUAGCUAUGUUAUUGGGUUCCCUUAUGUUACCAAAAAAAGCCUCUGGAGUCUAAAUCUGAUCUUUUAGGAGUUCAUAGCAGUUUUAAAUUGUUAAGAUUUUUUUUUUUAACUUUCUAGAUAUAACAAAGGUUCCUUUAUAAGUAGCAUCAUGGCCAGAGACUGUUGCAGUUGCGGAUUAUGUGCUGAAAUUUCUGUCAUCAAUAUUCUUCCUGGCCGCUGCCACCUGCAGCUUUGAUUUGUGCUAAAAAGUGUCGGAAUGCCACUGAUCUGUGUCCUCCCAUCCCCCAACUUCUGAAAGUGUUGUGUUGGCUGGACUGAGCACUCCGCCCCAAGUCGGCAUCAGAAUGUGCUUAAGAUCACAGUCCAACACCCUGAUACUAAGCCAUUGCACCAUUAUAUCUGCUUUUGAAGUUCAAGCAUAAUUAUGUUGUUAUGUAAUGUCAUGUUUGUUUUAGGCUGUGCUAGCACAUCCAUUAACACAUCUAAAUACCAAUUAGAUGUUGCUGCACACUCCAGCAUUGAUAUAUUAGCUUUGAGUCUCAGGUCUGUUGGUGCCUUCUUGAUUAAAAUGGUACUCCCUCCCAGCUAUUCCACGAGUGAGACAUUCUACAGUGCUGGGAGAAGGAAUAGGUGAUUUGGUGUCAAAUUCAUUUGGAAGUAACUUUUUUGUUUGUGUGAAUUUGACACCUCUGAUCUUCAGAGGUCUUUCUUUGGAAUGGCUUCACUCUGGGAAGUUUAUAUUAUUAGAAAGAGAGGUGUCAACAAAUGCCUUGAUGCCAAAAAAUAAAAUAAAAUCAAGGAAGUGUUAUUAUAACGUGAUAAUUAAUUUUAUGAGAAAUACCUCUCAUCUAUGGCAAUACAGAGGUUGUUGGUGAUAGUGAUUAUGCUUCCUUUUUUAGUGCCAGGUGUUGUUUUUUUUAACAGUGCUGUGUGUUUUUUAAAGUAAAGGGUGUUUUCCUGUAUAAAGAAAAUGGAACUUCCAUUUGGUAACAGGGAUAUUCCAGUGGUAUGUGUGACUAUUGUGAAAGUUCUGUGCUGCUGAGGGGGAAAAACAUCUGGGGAUUAGAGUAUACAGAACAAGAAUGAAACACGAUGUCAUGGAAAAACAGUGAAGUCCUGGGGGAAGCAGAUUACAGGCAUCUUACGGAGAUGAAAAAUAACGUGCCAAUGGCAACACACAGUCCUUUUAAUUUUGCUACAAAAAUUUACAUUCCUUUCUCCCUCUGAGAUGCAUUAUAAAUAUCAAUCACUAUUUUAAGCAGGACUGGAUUUCCUAUAGCCAGUCUCUGUUUUCGACUGAGCUUAAAUUCUUUUUGUUUUGUUUUGUUUAACAUACCAGAAGAUUUUCCCCCUUGUGUUUCAAUUUUUGUUUUGAAAUAUAUAUUUUUUUGGUAUGAGGCAGGUCCCACCCACUUUUGUAACAUGUGGUACUAAUAUCUUAUUGGCCUCUGUUUAUAUUAUUGCAAGGCAUUUUCCCUUUUUCAUGGCUGAAACAUUACUUUUAUUUUAUUCUUUGCUUUUCUGAAGAAAAAAAGCUCAGCUAGGAAUCUCUCAAAGGUGCUUUAUGUUGGAACUGGAUGAAAAAGGUUUUAUUGCUUAUCUUCCCAUUCCUUAUUCAGACUGUAAAAUUCAGUUGGGGUGAUCGUAUCUUAUAUGCUCAAAUACAUUUGAAUUUUCUUUGUCCUCAGGAGGAGAAGCUUGGCAGAGGACCAGACUAUUUUCAUUUUUCAUUUUCUUUUCCAUAUGGAGUUUGUAUUGUUGUAGCAAUAUAAUUAAUGUUUCAUUUUGGAAGAUUUGGGUUGUUAUGGCUCUGAAUUAGAUGCUUUGUAAGAUCAUUUACAAUGUGAUGCCUUUAUCUCAGGCAGCUUAACAUGCUGAAGUCAGCAGAUGACAAUUUAACUAAUGGACUUUGCUCAGAAUUGCAACUAAUGGCUUUAGUGUCUUUUAUUCUUCAUGUAGUAUAUCUGAAGUAGAAACAUGGGAAGCUGCCUUAUAUUGCAUACUAUACCCAUUAUUACCUUUGCAGUACAGCACUGGAGGCCAUAUUCCUUCUUCUUACUUAAAAAAUCAUCUUAUAUUGAAUGAAACUUUCUAGCUCUCUGUAUUACACAGCAUACUGUCAAAUGCCUUCUUGAAAUGAGUUGUAUUGCUUUGCAGGGCAAAGUUCAUUGUUUGCUUCUGUUCUCUGUAGUUUUUGUUCUUAGUUUGGUAGUUCAAUAAAGCCAAAAUUUUCUUUCUGUCUUUUUUCUUUUAAAAAAUAAUUUAUUUAUAACAUAGUCCACAACAACUCAUACGUACAAACAAAUCCACAACCAUUGACAAUUUAAUUAUCAAAAUUAAACUCCUAUCCCCUUACAUAAAGAAAACAUAAAAAUAAAAGACUUCCUUUAUCCUGUAAAUGGCCUCCUUAUUGUAUACUGUUUCGUUUAUAUGUGAUUAUUACAAUUAUGACUUAAAAAACUGCGAAGUCUCCUGUAGAAAUUAAUCGAAACAAGUCCAGGUAUAUAUUUUGGGGCACUGUUUGGUAAAGUAUUCUCUGCAUUUCCCCCAUUAUUUUUGUAAUUCUUGUCUGGGUUAUCCUCUAAUUGUCUCUGUUAAUCUGGCCAGUUCAGUAUAAUCUAAUAAUUUAUCCUGUCAUUCACAAAUUCUUUCUUCCAAUUUCUGGCAAAUCCAAAAUUUUCUUUUCUUUUACAUCCCUGUUAUACCCAUGACACAACAAACUUGACAAGCAAUGUUUAAUGCAGCUUAAGAAAAGCAACCCAGGAAAUCAUAAGUUCAUUUUUGGAAAGGAAAAGGUUGUGUGCGUUAUAAACUUCUCAGUAAUUUUCCCCGAUACAGCACCCACUUUUUCAAGGAGCCGCGCCCCCCCCCCCGUUGUAUCCAACUAAAUUCUAGGAAUAGAUCCAGUGAAUUGAAUGAAGCUAACUAUAUCCUUUCAUUUCAUUGGCUCUGCUCUCAGUAUGACUAAAGUUGGAUACACAACCCAUUAUAUUUCCCAAAUUUGUUGACUUCUGGAUGCUCUAGUCACACAGUUUGCAAAUCAAAAUCCUCAUAACUUUAUUUUUACAUAUAAUACCUUGGUGAUCUGAUAAUUCAUGAGUAGCUAAAGGGCAUUUUUAAAAAUUCUGGAAUGUUGCCUUAAUGCUACAAACUUUCAGAUGCAGAUAAAGGCAUAUUUUCUUUUUAUGUUUCAACAGAAGACUAUGAGAAGUGCUGCUUUUGUGUUUGAAAAUGAAAGAGAUGAAAAGUUGGCUGAGGAAAAAUAUGUCUUGAAUGAACAAUGUGGGUUCAUUACUUUUCUGUAGACCUUGAUGGGGCCUGGAUUUCUUCAGCUUUGCCUAAAAGCAGAAGUGUGAGUUUUAAUGUACAAGUGUGUGUGUAUGCACACGUGUGUGUGUGUGUGUGCGCACACACACACACACACACACACACACAUGUAUGUAUGGAUGGAUGGAUAGUGCAAGACUUUGCGUGUGGUUAUUUGUUUGAAUCUGAUUAGAAAGACUUAACACUAAAGAGGAGCUUUGUCUGGACUGUUUGUCCUGAGCUUAGCGCAGCAUUCAAAACUCCCAUUGUUCUAGGUGCAUUUUGUGGCAGGAAAUUUCAUUAAUGUGAGCAGUUUCUGAGCUCUGGGUGCAGUACUGCGCCUAAGAUUUCAGAUAAAACUGCCACUGCUGGAAGGAAGGGAGGACUUUUUUCCGCCUCCCCACUCUUAGCCACUCUCUGAAGGCUGGAGAAGGGACCCUUAUAAGAAUAUUAUGGAAGUGGGCAGGGGAAGCAUGGCUUUGGUUUGUUGUUGUUGUUGUUGUUUUGAAGUCCUCAGAUGAGGACUAGAACAUGUACAAAAUGAACAUAAGAUUUUAGCUGCAGUUCAUUCAUUUUCAGCUUUGCAUUCUUGUUAUUAAAAAGUUUGCCUAGAUGUUCUGUUGUUGCACCCAUAACCUAGGUUUCAGGUGCCAUUUAACUCCAAGCUUUCAUAUCUCGCUUUCUAACACUGGCUUAGAACUAUGUUUAAGCUUCUUCAAGGAUAAGAAAGGAAAGGCAAAGUUAAAAUGCAAAAGAGUAGCACUGAUGAAACAGGGCUGUGUUUGAGCUAAUGUAUCUUCCACUUAAAGUUUACAAAUAAAGGAGCUGGAAGACAUGCACAAACUGGGUUGGAUGAUAAAUCUGGGUUGAUCAUUCUAGCAACUGUACAUCUACAGAUUGCCUGAAACAGGCAAGGCGUCCCAAAGUAUGAAGCAAUCAGUAUUUAUGGAUACAAAACAAGAAGGUGGGGGCAAACUCUGUCCUGACUUAAUAGCAUGUAGAGAGCUCUCUGUGCAUGCACUUAUAAACAUGAAUAUCUCAAUAGAUGUUUGAAUGGAUGCAUCUGGGCCAGGGGAGGAGCUGGCUGUGAAAUAGGGAAAAAACCUCCAUACACCUCUGCUUGGUGCUAAAUAAAUGGAUGUCAUAUUUGUCAGGGAAAUAAUAUUCUGUGGAUUAUCUAAAUACAUAAAUGAGGUGGUAGCAGUUGUAGUAGCUCAUCUUCUAUAUCCUUUGGCUGUACCAGUCUUACCCAAUGGGCACCAGCCACUACUGGAUUGCCUGACAUGUUGACUGUGCUCUUGCUACCACCUGCAGUCUUGUUGGGUAGAAACAUAGUGCAUUGGUUUUGCCGGUGCAUGUCAGUGGAGGGAGUGUGGAGACACAGAUGUGGUACAUAUGAAGUUGCCUUAUGGCAAAACACACCAUUCUAGAGUAAGUUCUCUAAUAUUCCAAAAUCUGUCUUUCAGCUGAUGGAAUAAUCGUAGAUCAGUUUGCAGUGCACAGUGCAAGCUGGUCUUUGACCAUAGUAAAUUAUCUGUCUAUCUAUUCAGUAUGUUUUGCUUCUAUCUGGUUAUGACAAUUGCUCUGGAAAGCAGCAUGGAAGGCAUUACUCUUAAAAUUGCUUUUGAGUAAAUUUACAGAGGCAGCAUAAUGAGUUACUGUGCCAGAUACCGUAAGUAAAAAAUCUUCACAAACAAGUAGAUUUUAAUUUAAUGUAAUACCGCUUUUGGUGCCUGCACACUCAUGCCUCAUUGGUGGAAGUAAUCCUGCCAUAUGCAGGAUUAAUGGUUAUUCUAGCUUAAAUGAUUAUUUGAAAACUUUCCACCACAAAACUCAUUUUAUUAGAAAGCCCUUAGUGUGCCCUCAUUCAGCUAAUCCCUUUAAUCCAAUUAUAAAUGUUAAACAUGCCUAAUAAGGUCUCAAGAGAAAUAAUAUCUGAACUAUGAUUUUAAAAAGCUACCUAUAUUUCGUGUUUGAGUUAAUUUUGUCACUACCGUAGCAAUAUAAUCUCACUAAAAGCUACAGAAUAUUUUUUGGCCCCUGCACACCACUGUAUAGCAACAUGAUGGCAUGAAGUGCUUAUUAGCGUUUACUUUUUCAGCAUGAUACUUUGCUGAAUAUCUUCUGGUUUGUCUGUUUUAUUUGUAGGACAAGUGGUCUCUCUGACUGAGAAAGAGGUCCUAUACUUCUCCUUUCACCCAGAUUUCAUACAGUGGCCCCUUGCAGUGUCACAUUUCAGAGUAGGGGUGAGGAAUCUCAGGGCAAAUGUGACCAUCCAGGCCUGUCUGUUUAGUCCUCUGGCACUCCCCUGACCAUGCCUCCAUCACAGGUCACACACCCCUCACUAGCCCUACUCAGCCUCCCCACUUAGUGAUUUUACAUGGCUGUUGUGUAUUGUUGUGCUUUUGUGUUGUCAACUGCCCUGUGAUCCUUGGAUGCAGGGUGGCAUAGAAAUUUGAUAAAUAAUAGAAAUAAAAUAAAAUAAUCCCAUGAAUGUGCAUGUUGCUCUCUUGUCAUUUUGAUCCUUUUUCCAAACCGUUCUUGGAUACAAUUGUGUAUGUCAAAUUGGAUUCACUUGCUGUCUGUAGAUACACGAAACUCGCUGACAGGAAUUCAAUAUUGCAUUGUGAGAGCAGUUAUCCAAUACAUGUUAAAAGGAAUGUACCUGUUGGACAGUUUUUGCAGUUGAGGCAGAACUGUAGCAAGGUGGAGCCGUAUAAUAAUCAGGCAUGUAGAUCUUCUGAAUAACGUUGUGGUUAAAUUGGUUAAAUUGGCAGCAGCUUGACAGGAUUUGCUUGGGGACAGGGUGUCUAGCCCAUCAACUGGUCAGCUUGGUGUCGUUACCUGGAAAGCUCCUAGGAUAAACAAUUUGUCUGUGAGCAAGUCAUGCCAGAUAAAUAUCAUUUUCCCCCAAUAGUUACAAACUUGGUGGAUCAGGGGAAUGCUGUGGAUAUUUCAGUAAGGCUUUUGGCAAAGCCCCCAUGAUCUUCCUGCAGAGAAGCUGGUAAAAUGUGGGCUAGACAAGGUAACUGUUAGGUGGAUUUGUAGUUGGUUGACUGACCAAACCCAAAGAGUGCUCAGUUCCUCAUCAUCCUGGAAAAACGUGACAAGUGGGGUGCUUGCUGCAGGGUUUUGUCCUGAACCCGUUGUUGUUCAAUGUCUUUCUAAACAAUUUGGAUGAAGACGUUGAGGGGAUGUUCAUCAAAUUUGCAGAUGACACCAAACUGGGAAGGGUAACUAAUGAUGAAGGAGACCCUGCUCUUUGUGUCUUCCACAGCAGAGAUUAGGAGGGCAGUAACAUGAGAAAGAGUGUCACCACCAAGAAUGUCAUAGAAUCAUAGAAUCAUAGAAUCAUAGAAUAGAAUUAUAGGGUUGGAAGAGACCACAAGGGCCAUCGAGUCCAACCCCCUGCCAAGCAGGAAACACCAUCAGAGCACUCCUGACAUAUGGUUGUCAAGCCUCUGCUUAAAGACCUCCAAAGAAGGAGACUCCACCACACUCCUUGGCAGCAAAUUCCACUGUCGAACAGCUCUUACUGUCAGGAAGUUCUUCCUAAUGUUUAGGUGGAAUCUUCUUUCUUGUAGUUUGGAUCCAUUGCUCCGUGUCCGCUUCUCUGGAGCAGCAGAAAACAACCUUUCUCCCUCCUCUAUGUGACAUCCUUUUCUAUAUUUGAACAUGGCUAUCAUAUCACCCCUUAACCUCCUCUUCUCCAGGCUAAACAUGCCCAGCUCCCUUAGCCGUUCCUCAUAAGGCAUCGUUUCCAGGCCUUUGACCAUUUUGGUUGCCCUCCUCUGGACACGUUCCAGUUUGUCAGUGUCCUUCUUGAACUGUGGUGCCCAGAACUGGACACAGUACUCCAGGUGAGGUCUGACCAGAGCAGAAUACAGUGGCACUAUUACUUCCCUUGAUCUAGAUGCUAUACUCCUAUUGAUGCAGCCCAGAAUUGCAAUGGCUUUUUUAGCUGCCGCGUCACACUGUUGGCUCAUGUCAAGUUUGAGGUCAACCAAGACUCCUAGAUCCUUUUCACAUGUACUGCUCUCAAGCCAGGUGUCCCCAUCUUGUAUUUGUGCCUCUCAUUUUUUUGCCCAAGUGCAAUACUUUACAUUUCUCCCUGUUAAAAUUCAUCUUGUUUGUUUUUGCCCAGUUCUUUAAUCUGUCAAGGUCGUUUUGAAGUGUGAUCCUGUCCUCUGGGGUGUUAGCCACCCCUCCCAGUUUGGUGUCAUCUGCAAAUUUGAUCAGGAUGCCCUUGAGUCCAUCAUCCAAGUCGUUGAUAAAGAUGUUGAAUAAGACCGGGCCCAAGACAGAACCCUGUGGCACCCCACUAGUCACUCUUCUCCAGGAUGAAGAGGAACCAUUGAUGAGCACCCUUUGGGUUCGGUCAGUCAGCCAGUUACAAAUCCACUGAGUGGUAGCAUAGUCAAGACCGCAUUUUACCAGCUUCUUUACAAGAAUAUCAUGGGGCACCUUGUCAAAUGCCUUGCUGAAAUCAAGGUAGGCUACAUCCACUGCGUUCCCUUCAUCUACCAAGCUUGUAAUUCUGUCAAAAAACGAGAUCAGGUUAGUCUGACAUGACUUAUUUUUCAGAAAUCCAUGCUGACUAUUGGUGAUCACAGCAUUCCUUUCUAGGUGCUCACAGACUGCUUGCUUAAUGAUCUGCUCCAGAAUCUUCCCUGGUAUUGAUGUCAGACUGACUGGGCGGUAAUUAUUUGGGUCCUCUCUUUUCCCCUUUUUGAAAAUAGGGACAACAUUUGCCCUCCUCCAGUCUGCUGGGACUUCGCCUGUUCUCCAGGAAUUCUCAAAGAUGACUGCCAGUGGUUCUGAGAUCACAUCUGCCAGUUCUUUUAAUACUCUUGGAUGCAGUUCAUCUGGCCCUGGAGACUUGAAUACAUCUAAACUAGCCAAGUAUUCUUGUACUAUCUCCUUAGUUAUUCUGGGCUGUGUUUCCUUUGCUGAAUCAUUUGCUUCAAAUUCUUCAGGUCGGGCAUUGUUUUCUUUAUCGGAGAAGACUGAGGCAAAGAAGGCAUUGAGGAGUUCAGGCCUUUCUGUGUCCCCUGUUUGCAUUUCACCAUCUUCUCCUCUGAGUGACCCCACUGUUUCUUCGUUCUUCCUUUUGCUACGAACAUACCCAUAAAAGCCUUGUUUGUUGCUUUUAACCUCUCUAGCAAGCCUGAGUUCAUUCUGUGCUUUAGCUUUUCUGACUUUGUGUCUACACGUGCUGGCUAUUUGUUUGAAUUCCUCUUUGGUGGUUUUCCCCCUUUUCCAUUUUUGUACACAUCCUUUUUUAAUCUUAACUCAGUUAAAAGUUCUUUAGAUAGCCACCCUGGCUUCUUUAGGCACCUUCCAUGUUUCCGUCUCAUUGGUAUUGCCUGACGUUGUGCUUUUAGUAUCUCCCUCUUAACAAACUCACAGCCAUCAUGAACUCCCUUUCCUUUUAGUAUUACUGUCCAUGGGAUCUCACCCAGCACUUCCCUAAGUUUUAUGAAGUCAGCUUUCUUAAAGUCAAGAAAUUGAGUCCUAGUAUGCUUGGCUGCUCCUUUCCGCUGUAUAGUAAACUUCAGAAGAGCAUGAUCACUCGCGCCUAAUGAUCCUUCCACUUCUACCCCACUAACCAGGUCAUCAACAUUGGUUAGGACCAGAUCUAAAAUGGCAGUUCCUCUUGUUGCUUCUCCCACUUUCUGGACAAUGAAGUUGUCUGCAAGGCCAGUGAGGAAUCUGUUUGACCUUAUGCUCUUGGCUGAGUUUGACAUCCAACAAAUAUCCGGGUAAUUGAAGUCCCCCAUUACUACUAUCUCCCUUCCUUUUGCAUGCUUGGCCAUCUGUUCCAGGAAGGCAUCAUCUAUGUCCUCCGUUUGGCUUGGGGAUCUAUAGUAAACUCCCACAAUGAGGUCACUGUUAUUCUUCUCUCCCUUAAUUUUGACCCAAAUGCUCUCACUUUGGCUUUGAGGUUCUAAAUCUUGGAUCUCUUCACAGGUAUACACAUCCCUGACAUAUAACGCCACUCCUCCUCCUUUCUUGUCUGGUCUGUUUCUCUGAAAUAGAUUGCAUCCCCCAUUAUUACAUUCCAAUCGUGGGACUUAUCCCACCAGGUUUCAGUGAUGCCUAUUAUGUCAUAUUUAGUUUGCUGUACCAAGAGCUCAAGCUCAUCUUGUUUAUUUCCCAUGCUUUGCGCAUUAGUGUACAGACAUUGAAGUCCAUUAAUCAUUCCCCGUGUCUCUUAUUUAAGGAUUUUUCCUCCCACCACUAGGUCUGCGUGCUGUUUGCUCCAUUUGGUCUAUGACAUUUGGAUGAUCAUCUUCAUCAAUUGAUAGACUCCUACCUUCAGGAGCACUGUCUCCCUCCCCAGAUUAGUCAGUUUAAAGCCCUCCUGAUGAGGUUUCUGAGAUUUUUGGCAAAAACAUUUCUCCCAACCGUUGUGAGGUGCAGCCCAUCGCUUGCCAGAAGUCCAUCUUCAAGAAACUGCAGUCCGUGAUCUAAGAAUCCAAACCGUUCCUGUUUACACCAUUUGCGAAGCCAGCUGUUCACUUCCACUAGUUUCCCUCUCUCCCUGGGCCACGUCGUUCAACUGGGAGGACAGAUGAGAUGACAAUUUGUGCAUUUAAUUGCUUCAAUUUCCUGCCCAGAGCCUCGUAGUCUCUUUUGAUCUUCUGGAGGCUAUUGCUUGCAGUGUCAUUGGUUCCCACAUGAACCAAGAGGAAGGGGUAUUUGUCACUGGGUUUUAUGAUUCCUUGCAGUCGUUCAGUUACAUCUUGGAUCUUAGCCCCGGGGAGACAGCACACUUCCCGUGACAUCUUGUCAGGCCCACAGAUCACUGCUUCUGUUCCCCUCAGUAGGGAAUCCCCUAUCACCACUACACACCUCCUCUUAGGUUUGGUCGGGGUUCUUCCGUGAGCUGUCCGUUCCAAGGUCGCCUGCACAUUCCCUGAGGACUGACUUUGCUGCUCGUCUUCAUAUACCUGAUCGACUGUAAUGAGGGAGAGAUCCUCAAAUGGAGUCUGCUCUUCGUCUUCCAUGCUAGGGGAGAGGAACUCAAAGCGAUUGUGUAUUUCUAAACAGUCAGAGCGAACCCUGGGCCUCCUACUUCUUUGAGUCAUGUUUCUCCAUAUAUCUGGCUCCUGUGUUGGUGAACUAGCGUCCUUCUCAGGGGAGUCCCCUGUCUCCUCCUUGGUGGAGACGGUGUGCUCUGUUGCUUCCAAGAAGAGCUCCAGCUCUCUAAUUCUUUGGAGUGUAGCUACACGUUCCUCCAGUUGCUGGACUUUGUCUUUUAAGAGGGCAAUCAACAUGCAAUUGCUGCAGGUAAAGCUGCCUGCAACCUUUGGCAAGAUGGCAAACAUUGCGCAGGAACCGCAGGCGACUGCAGCUGUUCCCUCCCCCUCCAUCUUGAGAACGUGUCGUUGGGGGUGGCUACAGCGGUCCUCCAUCAUAAAAAGCGUGAAGACAGGACAAAUAACUCCCCCCACAAAAACACCUAGGUCUCCCCCAACAAACGUUUGAGACUAGCUCCCCUAAAUCUAAAAGAUGGAUCAAACUGCUGCCCUGCAAGCUCUGAUAAGCUCCUCCCACAGCUAAUGAGAGCUUGCAGGGCAGCAGUUGAAGAAGGAGCAAAAAGGGUAUUCUUGUGUGUGUGUGUUUCUUUGUGGCUGAUUAGCUGCUCUCCCUGUGCAAAGGUCAGAGGGGGCAGGGUUUCUGUUGAGGCAGGUGAUUAGCUGUGGGAGGAGCUUAUCAGAGCUUGCAGGGCAGCGGAUCCAUCUUUUAGAUUGAGGGGAGCUAGAAAACCCUUUUUGCUCCUUCUUCAACUGCUGCCCUGCAAGCUCUGUCCUAUCUGUGAAAUUUGCUCUGCCUUUACUGUAGAAACAUCUGAGAGAAGGCUUAAGAUAUAGUGAGUGAAUAAUUUAUUGGGGUGUGUGUGUGUGUUUUACCUGGUAAAAAUCUUCCCAUCUAAUAAUUACCAUACUAACCCUGAAUGGGACAUGAAGAGUGUGGGAAAAACUUGGAGGAAAUUGCAUCAAUCUUAUGUAAUACUGUGAUUCAGCCUGUAAGGAUGUGAGUGUGUGGGCAACUGAAACAAACAGAAAUUGGAAGGUAGAAAACUUGAAUAGUUUCUGGUAGUGCAACAUAGUGUGUUUACAUCCCCAGACCAAAAUUGUGCUUUUAAAAGAUGGAAAAUAAAAUACGAGAAUGCCUGCUUGAAGGGAAUUCCAGAGGACUUUACAAAAUUAGACUGUGUAUGUCAGGCCCUCUGUAACUAGCAGCAUCUGUAUACUAUGGCAGUCAUCCAAAGGGUCUGUGGACCUUUUACACACAUGACUUCCUGCUCUCCUCUGUGAGAAGGGAAACUGUGCAGAGGAGUGCUGAUUCUGCUAAGAAUUAUAAAUACACAGUUUGCUUAAAACCCUGUAGUAGUUAGAAAAGUAGGUGGCUGAAGAUGAACUUGUGAUCUGCUGUAAACUGCAGUAGAUGGGCUUUGUGUGAGAUAGAUUUCUGGAACUGAGCCACUGAUUUUUAGAACAGCUUAACCUUUAUUUUAUUACAUUUAUAUCCUGUAUUUCUUCCACCAUGGAAUAUUUGAGUUGGGGGAGUAAAAAGGCUUGAAUAUUUGCUUAAAUAGGUCCCAUUAAUCCUGGUCAGGAACACUUUGAACUUGAAGCUCCAAGGGAGCUGCUGCUUCAGCAGGGAAGCAGCUCAGACUUCAGUCUCAUAUAGGAGUUGAAGGUUUUACCUGUUGGUUGCUCUCAGCUAGUCAUAGAUCUAGACACCUGCUAACUCCUCCACUUGAAUGCCUGACUCACUAGCUUUUGUCUUGUGAGCCUGGAGGUGAAGGAGAAGGUCUGAGAGCCAAAAAGGAACCUAGGCAAGGCAAUUGGUGUGGAAAUGUCUAGAUCUGCUGACUCCUCAACAUUGUGGGAGAUAGAGAUCUAUUGGGGUGGUGUCCCCAGGUUUCAGUUCUGGACAGGGGUGAACCUUGACAAUAUUCUGCUGGGAUUGUUUGUAUUGAAAAAUAUUGUCCCACAAUGAAAUCUGACCACGAAUCUAUCAUUGUAGGAAAUUUUUGUGAGAUCCUAAGAAGCUUACAAGUGAUGAACUCCUUAUUUAUAAAUGUUAUAUGGAAGUUGGGAAAGAUUCUAGUGAUUAAGUAGAAAAGUUGUGUGUGUGUGUAGAACAGUGGACACAAGAAAAGCUGUUCGGAAUAGGCCGGUCAGUUUAGUUUUUCCAGUUGUGUUUGUAAUAGGUAUUGACUUGAAAAUUACCAUGCUAUUCAAUCCACUGCCCCCCCCCCCCAAUAUCAUACAAGCUUUACUGGAAUAUAGAGCAGGCAUUUUUGUAAUGAGAACAUGCGUCUUAACAAAAAUCAGAAUACCAUUCUGUAUUUUACUGAAAAUGACUGACCACACUCUGGAACCUUUUAAAGUGCCUUUAUUACUGGGAUUGUGUGCUUAAUUGUCACAUGAUACCAUGUCAAUGCUACUGGUCUGCCUCUUGACAAGAAGCAAACUUGUUGACAGCCCCCGUUUUUACAUCUCUUCUGAGGUGGAAGUACUAGUCCAGAUUUUUCACAAAGCUGGGCUUUGGGGCUUGCAAAUGGGCAUCAUCUUUGAAACUGUUCCAAACAAAAUUCUGUGACUGGAACUUAAUCUGCUAAAGAAGUACACUGACUGCUAAUAAAGACAUAAAUGGAAAUUUAGUUCCAUAACUUUCAGUCCUCAGUUUAGCUUUAUACAUUAACUUUAAAAAACCCUGGCAUGGCCUGCAAGUAAAUUACCCAGACUUUGCAUGGAGGAAGAGACCCUGAAGUGACCUAUGGGGAGACUGUUGGCUUGGUUUAAUUCAGGUAUCUCUGCAGUGUGGUGGCCUGCCCUCUGUCUAGGAUGGUGCAAGGUCCAAAGUCUGGCGGAGGGCUGAGGACUCUGAUAAUCUGACGUUUUUUCUGCCUAGCUGUACUCUCUCUGCCUAUUCUUUACAGGAAGUAAAAAGUAGUAGGCCGUUCUCUCAGUGUAGAAAGUAGAGUCCCUCACAUAUUGGAACCUGUGUUGUUUUAUCUUGCUCAUAAAUGAUUUAGAAUUAGGGGUAACGAGGGAGGUAAGAAAAUUUGCUGAUGAUACCGAAUUGUUCAGGGUUGUUUAAAAGGGAUUGUGAGGCGCUCCAAAUGGUAUCUUCAGACUGAGUGAAUAGAGAGUAAAAUGGCAAAUGCAAUUCAGUGUAAAGUGGUUCACUUUGGGACAAAAGAUCCUAAUUUCACUUAUAUGCUAAGCAGGUCUGACAGUGACUGCCUAGGAAUGAUAACUUGGGGUUGUAAUGGAUAGCUACUUGAAGAUGUUGACCCAGUGUGUGGUGGCUGUAAAAAGGUGUAUUACAAAUGAGGGAUACUUAGGAAAGGGAUUGAAAAUAAAACUGCCCACUGAUGUACUAUGUUUUUUAAAAAUGAAAGCAUUGUCCUGUUAGUCAUAUAAUUUGCAUUUAUAUGCAAAGACACUGAGCGGGGCAUACACAUCAUGGGCCAUGCUAUCUGUGUUGCUUGUUCUGCUGGCGAAAAUUCACUUAAGGAAAGAGGAGUAAAGGUCAGCAGUUCAGGAAGAAUUGAUUAGGAGCUUUUAAAGAGUCUUCAAGCAAUUUUCUUCUAAAACCAUCUUAUUGAGGUUAGCCUUUCCUCACUAUUCUUUGAAACCCAUCUUUAAAAUAGCCCUUACUGUGGAUGGUUCUGGUUAUCAUUAACGAAAUGUGAAUUAACCAAUAGAUUUUGCAUUUUCUUGCGUAGAACGAAGUUGAAACAAAUUGUUUCAUGUGCCCUGGUACAGUAAUUGACUUUUUGUAUGCUCUGGCACUAAAAGAAAUGGAAACUUCAUUUGUAACUGUAUCAUGAUGACAUCAAGGUAUGCUUCAGAUGCUUGCUCAGUUGUGCUGAAACUGUUGCCCUGUGCAGGAAAUCUCUUGUUUUCUUUCUUUUUUCUUUAAAAAAAAAAAGUGACCUUUCCACCCAUGCACUUCCUGCACAAAGCAGUGGACUAUAAAAAUGUUAGGAAUUUGAUAGUUAGAAAACAGUUAUUAUUAUUAUUAUUAUUAUUAUUAUUAAAAAUGCUUAAUAUUAGAGGCUUCGUUCAUCUAUGGAAAUCUUUAUUGGUGUAUAUUUCAGUAUUGUUUUAAGAAGCUGUCCGUGCUGUAGCCUUCUGGUGUCUUGAGGCAGUUCUCUUUAGAUCACAUCCUCAGUACCAUGUCACAAAAAGUCUGUGGAUGAUUUAAGGUAUGUAGAAAUGACAUAUGACAGCAGAGAUGGAUGGGUGACUUCUUGUUACCCCCACAGACAUGGAACCCGGGGCAUACUGCCCCCCCCCCGCCCCGUUGUGACACCACUACUGCAUGGUUUAGUAGCAUUUUGGGUAGCGGUAUUUUUAGAAUAAUGGGUGGCAAUAUGAAUCAGAAGUGAAUCAGAAUAAAACAGUGACCCAUUUGGGUGGAGGUUACCUUUCCUCUUCCUAAUUUCAGAGGAAAUAUGCCUACACUAGCAUGUUUUAUUUCCUCUUCUCAUUGCACCUGUUUUUGUGUGUGUGUUUUUGUUUUUUUUAACAGUGUUGUUCCACAGAACACUGAAUUCUAGAGCAAACCACCAAUAGAGUUAAGAUUUUGUUUAGGAUUGUCGUGUUACACUGCACCAAAACUCCGACAGUAGCAAACCCUUGUGUUGCAUGACUGGAAGCUUUGUCACUUACAGCUUAGUUGCAUAAUUUGGGUCUCAUACCAUAAUGUCUUCACAUAAUUUCAGCUCUUUUGCCUAGUUUCUUUGUUUCUUUGGCUAUAGUUUCCAAAUCCUAUGAUGUGUAAAUGCUCUCCUUCGUAUGGGUUUUCCCCACACCAGAGUCAGUGAUCUUGAUGGUGGUGCAGUGAUGGGUUGAGAAGUGCCUACAUGAUCUGGAAAUGUUACCCAUAAUUAUAUGGGAGCUGACUACAGGACAGUGACAGACACGUCCCCCAAUUCAAUGAAACACAACAGAAAAUAGUAGUUUUAAAUUCCACAUCCCAUCUGUGGAAUGUUCUCCCCAGGGAAGUUAGCCUGUUGCCUUCAUUAUACACCUUUAGGCACCAGGCAAAAACAUUCCUUUUUAACCAGGCCUUUGGUUGAUUUGAUUGACAUUGUAUGCCCUUAUAAACUGCUGUUCUUUUUUUGGGGGGGGUGUUAUUGGGUUGUUGUUUUUUUGAUUAUAUAUAUAUUGUGGUUUUAUAGUUUGAUUUUGUUCUGUGAACCGCUCUGAGACCUCUGGGUAUAGAUUGGUAUAUAGAUUCAAUGAAUAAAUGAAUGAAUAAUUUAAAUAUCAUCACAUGAGAAGGAAGAAGCAUCCAUGUUUGCAAACCUAUUUAAAACGGAGGACUUUUAUACUCAAGAUUUUCCAGUCAUUGCUGUGAGUUGACUUUUUUUAAAAGGUGUGGUUGUGGAUAACUAAACUGCAUAUUGUUCUGUCAUGGUAUUUCCUUGCAGUUUAGAAUAUAUAUAUAUAAGAGUAAAUUUGAUUAGUUGGCAAGACUCGUUAUGUUUUAUGGUUUAUAUUCCUAAUUCUUUUGUUAUUUAUAUUCAGAAUACCAAGUAUCCUGAAUGUUUCCAACUGGUGUUUAUUUGGUAUUGAGAGUAACUUCAGUAGUGGUCAAAUACAUUGAAGAAGAGACAAAAAUAUUUAUUUUUUAAAAAGUAACAUUUGCUGCUUCUUUUUAUCCAGUUUUCUAAAUGUUUGUGUUUUUAGAUAAGCAAAAAGCAUUUGCUGUAUAAAUGACUUCAUUUAUCACACUUUACCGUUAAUGUGGAAAAAGUAAAGUUGCUAAUUAUUUCAGUAUUUGUCUAUCAUGAAGUCUGAGGCACGAACUGCUUUUAUCAUUUUUUUAAAGCAAACAGUUUCCAAAUUACCCUGUGCUGUACCUCCUCAUUGAAAAGAUGUGUUAGUCCAGUUGUUAAGUUGACAGUGUUGAAUUAUGUAUGGAAAAUGUGGCAGCCUGAAGGUGUUUACUGUUAGACUAAUACUUCCCCUAAAUGACAAGAGCUUCUCUUCACAAGAAAACAUAUUAUAAAUAUGCUUUGUUAUGUCAGAACUAGCACAAACUGUCGUUAGCUUUAAUGAUGGUUUGUUCAGACGAGCCAUCUUCACAUUAAGAUUUUAAAAUCCUGGGUUGUAUAGUGAAAACUAAUUACAGUUUCCAGUUCAGACAUAAUGACAAAUAACAAUUAAUUAAAAAUAGGGGGGCUGUAUCCAACCAAUUUUUAUUGUCUCCAUUAAUUUCAGUGGGUAUGCUUGGAUGCAACUCAACAGCAUAUGCUCUUUACCGCCUAAUAUAUAUGAGGGCAGUGGGGUGGGGGGAGUGGGAAGCAGGCUUAUGCAUGCAACAAAAAACUAUGGCUUAAUGUAAUUGCUGAACAAAUUUGCUGGUUCCUACUGGUUCACGAAGUGCUAUUGCAAUCCGUUUGCUGGCUGUACUUGACUUGAGGCACAACUGAGGAUAAAACAGAUUUAAAAGAGAACCAAGAUGAAGGAAGACUUUAAUGCCCUUUGAUUACUGGAAUGAUGCUUGUAAUAUGAAUGUAAUACACAAUAGAAUGGAAAGCAGUUUACUUUUCAUAAUGUGAAAACUAUCUGUCAUUCAUACUGAAACCCUGAGACAAUUGCAUUUGUUAGUUAAUACCAAGUUCUGUAUACUGGAACCACUAUUUUCUCCAAAGUUGGUCAUUAAGAAUGUUGUCUGUGCUUUCUUGGCACAAACUCUGUUGAUGUGAAUGAGACUUUUACUUGUGAAACAUGAAGUACCAGGGUAUAAAGCAAUUAUACAUAAUUGUGUGUGUUUUCCCCUCCAGUGCCUGAUGAUCUUUCUGUAGAAGAGAGAGAAGAGCUUUUCAAUAUUCGCCGUAGAAAAAAAGAAUUAAUUGAUGAUAUUGAGGUAAACAUUUUCCUUAAAUCAAAAUGUCGGUUGCUCUGAAAUUAAUGGUACGAACUGUGUAUUGAGUUGUAGAACACUAUGGUAGCUUUUUACCACAGUCUGAAGAGAUUAAUUUCCAAUAAUUGCUAUUAGAAUUAGGUGUUCCAAGUGCUGUACCUCUGCAGAAAUUGAUGUCAUAGUUGUUGGCAUCCAUCUGUCUCAAGAGACAAUUGAGAGCACCUCUGGGGGUGAAGUCAAAUCACUGCAUUAUAGCACAUAGUGACCUCCCCGGCGCGCAAGCCUGGGCAGUGUGCAUGGGGGUCCUGGGCUGCCCACACGAUAAGACCUCCCUUUUGGUCUGACUGAUGUGGUCCAAAGGAAAGCAGAGCGAUACGUUUGGCACCAGCUUGGCUGCAGUAGUUGCUGGAAGGAGGCAUACAAGGCCCCAUCCAACUUUUUUGGGAUUCCACUCUGGAUUUGUGUAGGGUUUACUCCUUACUCUUUUCUUUUCUUGAAGAUAUCCCACAAGACAGCAGAGGUUUAGGAUCAGAGUUUUCCUUCUCCUACAUGGGCUAUCUUCCCAGCUUGACAAGCCCCAUCUGCCCCUUACUUCCCUCUACAUGUGCAGAAACUGCCUUCUUGACCAUUGGACCCACAAUUGGUCUUAUGCGCUCAAUCUGGUGGAGCCCUGUCUUCUCAUGCAGGGGAAGGCCCUAACUCACUGAGGGUUUGAGACCCAUUGGCUAUCAGCCAGUCAAAACCAUUUGCUAGGUGUGGCUGUUGUUGCAUGCUGACAGCUUCUAGGAGCCACAUGUGAGAACUGAGUGCAGGGUGAGGACCAAAGGGGGACAAACUACCCCAGAAGGAGCACAAGGUGUCCCCCACCAGAGGUACUACCCCUCUCCUAACACCUCAUACACCCAAAUGUCAUAGUGGUGUGUGAAUAGUAUGAUAUUGCAGGUAAAUACACCAGAGCAGACUUUUGUGAUAGGAUUGUUGCUCUGUUUCUAAAUUCAAAAAGAAGCCAGUGAAAUCCACCUAUUUUUUGGAAAAGCUGUUUAAUGUUCGCUUGUAUUCUUCUCUCAUUUUUGCAGCGGUUAAAAUUUGAAAUAGCAGAGGUUAUGACUGAAAUCGAUAACUUGACAAGUGUAGAGGAAAGGUAAGCUGACUUUGUCACAUGUGUGCUUUAUGGAAAAGCAGUAUUCUGUUGCUUCAGCUUUUUUGAGGGCCUUGCAGAAAUAGCCUAACUUCCAGCAGAGACCUUGAUCAUCUUCUAUGUACAGUACUGCCUGUAUUCAAGGGGGGGGGAAUAAUUAGAAGUAGUUCUAUUAUUGACAUUUACUGCUUAUUACCACAAAGAGCUAGUUUAGCAAAUGCAGGAUGGGGUACAGCAACUAGUUAGCCCCAUGAUUAUGGUAUUCAGCACCGCAGGCACUACAAAGUUGAGAAAUGGCAACUGAGUGCACUGUUUUAGGAUGUGUCUCUCCCUUUUACCUUGCACAUAAUACCGCUGUUCCUGUGUCAUUGUAAGCUUCCCCUUGAUGGCUGUGCAUUUGUGUAGGUUCAGCACAUUUAGUAUUAAACUUGGCUAAGAUGAUUCUUGCUAUUUGGUCCAUUAAAAUCAAUGGAGCCUGUGUCUGGAACCUACAGGACACAAAAUGUUGUUGUUGUUGUUAAUUUAUUUAUACCCCACCUUUCUCCCUUAAAAACUGCUAAAAAUAUAGGAAAAAUCAUGAUUAAAAACACUGAUAGAAUUAAAGCUAUAUAAAUCUAUAAAAUACUGUAUAUUUAAAACAUACAAAUAAUUGUAAUAAAAAUAAUUGUAAUGGCACACGCCCUUUAGUUAAAAGCAGUCAUUUCCCAAAAGGCUGUCUUCACCUGCUGGCAGAAGGACGGCAAAUAGGCAGCCUGUCUAGCUUCUCCAGGGAGGGAGUUCUAAAGUCUGGGAAGCAGCCACCAAGAGGGCUGUGCAAUUUACUUAUACACCAAAGUAAUUAAGUAGCAUCCUGAUCUUAGCAAAUAGGGUGUAUCUAGCCUGCUGUGCUGUCUGCCACUUUCAGUACUUUUGUUAAAGUUAAUACUCAGUGUGUCACUCUGGGUGCAUUUGGGUUUGUGUUGACUGGAAUGCCAUUAGAAUGCAGUGUGUCCUCGUUUCUGCAACACUUUCUUCUGUCUUUGUGUGAUGCAGCUAACAUAGUGCAGACUCCCACAACUUCUCUGGCACAAUGUCCUCAGCUGGCAUGUUCAGCCACUGCAACAUCAUAGGCUGCUGUUUUGUGCUAGCAUUGCAGACCUAAAGGCUUAUUUGCCAGUACAGAGACUCCAAAGAUUGCACCGCCAAUUGGCUUGGAUUGAAAUAAUCCAGUUUAACUGGUUUGUGAGUUAAAGCCAUGCACAUUAUCCUCUUUAAUGCCCUUCCUCUAAUGUAUGUCAGGAGGGUUUAAAUACAAUGUAUUAAAAAUCUAAAAUGAAGUCAAAGCUACUUUGAAUUGUUUUUUAGGGUAAAUAUUUCCCUUUCACUUUGGGAGUAAAAGUUCAGCCAUUCCAUCCUAUUCAUACUGACUGUAUAAGAUGAACAUGUAAAUAACAUUUAAAAUGUAAACAUCAAAGAUGUUUAACCAAAUACAUCUGUGUAAUAUUCUUUUCCUUUUAUUUCCUCCCUUACAAAUAUACAGCAAAACUACACAGAGAAAUAAACAAAUAGCUAUGGGAAGAAAAAAGUUCAAUAUGGAUCCCAAGAAGGUAGGAGUGUUGUGUUCUUGAGAAUGUAUGCUUCUUAUUUAUUUAUGAAGUUUUAUAUCCUACUUUUCAGUUAUGAGAGAUCCCAAGGCAGCUUGCAAAUUAGAUUUAAAACAUAUAUACAAUAAAAUCACAAUGAAGUAUAGUCGUACCUUGGAAGUCAAACAGAAUCCAUUCCGGAAUUCUGUUCGACUUCCAAAACGUUCGGAAAGUGCAGCUUCUUAUUGGCUGCAGCAAGCUCCUGCAGCCAAUCAGAAGCUGCAGAAGCCCUGUUGGACAUUUGGGUUUCAAAACACCCACUUCCAGGUUUGCAGUGUUCAGGAGCCAAAACGUCCAAGUACCAAGGCGUUUGGGACCCAAGGUAUAACUGUACAGAAGAAUGGAGAGUUAAAAAGCCAGAGCAACAUCAAACCAUUUGUAGCAGUCGGUACAAAUAAAAAAUGACCCCAAAGACUGGCAAAAUAAGACUGUCUCAGCCAUUCACCUAAGGCAGGGUGGUCCAACGUGUGGCUUGCUAGGCCUUUUUUGGCAGCCCCAGGCAAGGCAGGGAGCUGCAGCACAAGGAAGGAGACCUGAGGGCUCUGACAGGGUCCUAGAGUCCUCCUGUCUCCUUCCCAAAGCCUAGUUCUGUUUGCUUCAUCAGCGCACAUAAGGCACGUGUAUUCUUCCUUGGUAGGGAUUUUAUAGAGACCUGUGCUGGCAUAAGCGCUAACAGACAGCCGCUGCCAGGGAAUCAAGGCUGACUUCACAAGGAUGAUCCCAAGAUGGAGCUUCAUGGCUGAUGCCAUUGUUCUAGGGGGACUUCUCACCUUUCCCCGGGUCACAUGCAGUGCUGCGCUAGGCAACUGCCUUAGAGUGUUUGGCAUAUACUGAGUCACACCAUUGACCCAUUGCUCAGUAUUGUUGCUGCUGGCCAGUAGCCUAGCUAUCCAGAUUCUCAAGCAGGGAAUGUUCUCAUCCCUACCUGAAGAUGCCAGGGAUUGAUCCUGCACAGAAAGCAGAUACAGCCCUGCACCCAGGACUAGUCCCUGCUCUGUAUUGCUUCAUGUUAUUGUUCCUCUGAAAGAGCACAGCAGAUGUUGCUGCUCAAUGUUUACAUAUACUAUAUUUAAUAAUAUAAAGCACUUUAUUCUCCUUAUCUCAUAUCUUUGAGAGACAGCUUCACCAGCACAUAUUUGCCUCUUCUUUCAGUUCUUUGCCUUUUUCUUGUUCUUUUUUUCCUGCUCUAAAAGCUUGAAUAGGUCUGGAGUCUUGUUUUCCUAAGUGGUUUGUUUCCAAAGAUGACAAAAUAUUUGCUUGGGGCAUCUGAAUUUCCAGAAAGCAGGCUUUAUUAAAGCAAAGUAAUUUCAGAAGCAUACAGAUUUAAAAAAUGGAGUCUAUUGAUGAGAUUUUGAAUUGUAACUAAUUUCUUUGCUUUCAGUGGUUUCCAGCAUGAGUGGAAACAUGGUUGGCAGACAUGUUCCCCUUUGCAGCAAAAUGUGCAUCUUUCUUUGCGAUUUUUAAAAAUGAAGUUGAUUGUUGGUAUUCAUGUUCCAGCUGGGUGUUCAGGGAAGUUUUCUAGAUGGUAAAGCAAUUCAGAGGGAGACUGGGUAAAGAGGAGAGGGAAGGUGGGGUGGGGGAAAGAGAGAGCAUACAGUUUCCUAUACUAAAAAUAGCUUCUCAGACUGAUAAAAUGGCAUUGGGUUUGCCCUGAUAAAGUAGGUUGCAGUUGUUGAUUGAAUUGUCCAGCAGCAAAAUAUUUUACUGCUGUUGUUUCUGCAACCUGUUUGCUUGCAUCCAAAUGCUUGUUCCAUUUGUUCACAAAUAUUGUUUUUCAUUAUCUCCAGUUUAUUUUUAAAAACCACAUUUGAGCUUGCUGAUUUUAAAAAUGAACCAUUGCCAUUUCUGUUGCAUUGUUGCAAGUGCCAUUGCUACUUAAGAUAACAGCAAUUAAACCAGUAAUAAAAACAUGAUUAAACUCAUUUAAAUCCUGUUAAAAUGCACACAUGCCAACCUGGAUAAAAAGGUGCAAACUUGCUUCCCAACCGAAAAUAAAAAAGGGGAGGACAUACCCUAAUGUGGUCUGGAUUAGAGAGAACAUCAAGCCAUAAUUUGGUGCAAUAUUAACAAGCCUUUCUUUUAAGGACCAUUGGGCUCAUCUGCUGACUUCUUCCCCUCAUGCAUCAUGAUUCCCUCCCACCCUUCCUCCUUAGUGUUUGGCAAACUAUCCAUUUGCCUUUUUCCAACCCGGUAAACCAGAGUUUGUGUUUGCCCUGUAAACCACCAUUGGAAAUGAUGGUUUGAUCCUGGUUACCAAUCCUGGUUUGCAGGGCAAACACAAACCCUACUUUGACAGUUCAGAUGAAACAGCAAACUAGGAUGUUCUACAAGCCAGGGAGGGAGGGAAUAGCAGUGUGUGAGUCCAUGUAUCUUUUAAAAGAUUUAAUUCAUGUACCCUGAUGCUUUUCAACAUCUUUAUGCGCCCCCUCGCCCAGCUUGUUCGGAGAUUUGGGCUGGGCUGCCAUCAGUAUGCCGAUGACACCCAACUCUAUCUGUUGAUGGAUGGCCAUCCUGACUCGGCCCCAGACACACUGACCAGAUGUUUGGAAGCUGUGGCUGGAUGGUUACGUGGGAGCCGGUUGAAGCUAAAUCCUUCGAAGACAGAGGUCCUGUGGCUGGGACGGGCGAUAUGGGAUUGGGGGCAACUCCCAUCUCUUGCGGGGCGCAAUUAGUGCCAGCACCGUCCGUUAAGAGUUUGGGUGUAAUCUUCGACACCUCCCUUUCCAUGGAGGCGCAGAUUGCAGCUAUAACAAAGGCGGCAUUUUUCCAUCUCCGCCAAGCUAAGCAGUUGGCUCCUUACCUCUCUCGCCCUGACCUAGCCACUGUGAUCCACGCGACGGUCACCUCCAGACUGGAUUAUUGUAACUCGCUCUACAUGACCCAGAAACUGACCCAGAAACUCCAGCGGGUGCAGAAUGCUGCAGCGAGACUCCUUACGGGGUCUUCGCUGCGAGAUCACAUUCAGCCGGUGCUAUACCAGCUGCACUGGCUCCCGGUGGAGUACAGGAUCAGGUUUAAGGUGCUGGUUUUAACCUUUAAAGCCCUAUACGGCCUAGGACCCUCGUACCUACGGGACCGCCUCUCCUGGUAUGCCCCACAGAGAAACUUACUGUCUUCAAAUAAAAACAUCUUGAAGGUCCCAGGCCACAGAGAAGUUAGGCUGGCCUCAACUAGAGCCAGGGCUUUUCGGCUGUGGCUCCGAUCUGGUGGAACACUCUGUCACAAGAGACCAGGGCCCUGCGGGACUUGACAUCUUUCCGCAGGGCCUGCAAGACAGAGCUGUUCCACCAGGCCUUUGGCCAGGGCACAGCCUGACUCCCUCCCUCGGCAAUCUUCACGGAGCUCUGGCCCAAUGGUUGCCAGCGGCUUGAAUUAAUUAAUUCUAUAAUGAAUGAUUUUAGAGUGUUGUUUAUGCUGUACUUUUGUACUGUUUUAUUGUUGUUAGCCGCCCUGAGCCCGGCUUCGGCUGGGGAGGGCGGGAUAUAAAUAAAAUUUAUUAUUAUUAUUAUUACUACCAAAUCAUAACUGUCUGUUAUGUCUGAACCGGCUCACAUGUCUGUGCUCUAUUUCAAAGUCAUUUGACAGAAUUGGAGAUUAUUUUAUUGACUUCAGGACAUACCAUUAUAUGCAGCUCUUUUUCAAUCCUAUGUAUGUUUACUUAGAGGUAAACCCCAUUCUGGUCAGAUUACAGAUUUCAGCCUUAGCUGAAAUAAAGACACAAGUUUAGAUUAAAAUACGGUGCAUAAUAUCUAAGGCUAUAUAUAAUUUUAUAGAUACAAAUGCACUGAAUGCUAAUGUCACAGUUAGCUCCAUGGCUCAGAUUACUAUAACUAACUGCUUUAUCUGAUGAUACAGUUGUAAUUACAUGGUGUUAUCUAUUUUUCUAUCUACUCACAUUGAAGUUUCCCAGAUCAUGCUGUGUGUCAAGUCAUUAGCAUGAUGAACAGACAAAUAUUCAGUUAUAAGAAGAUUAUCUCUGUAAUUUGCAUCCUGAGGGCUAACAUGGAAUAGAUAAUAAUUUAUAUCAUUACUAUUUGUUUAGUAGAUCUUCUAAAAUGAUUUAAUGUAAUAAUAAAAGACUUGCAAACAACAAGCAUCAGUUGCUUGUCAACAGUAUACCUGCAUUUAAUAAAUAUUGAAAAAGAAAAAAUAGAGAAAAGAAGCGGGGAUUAAAGAUGUGGCAGAUUAAAAUUCCUUAAUCUGUUUCUAAACAUACGUAGGUCUCUUGUAUUGACUCAGACAACUGGUGCAUCUAGCUCGGUAUUAUCUGUUUCAAUUUAGGGUCAUGCAGCCCUUGUCUUUAUGAGUCUUCAAAUGUGUAUUGAAGAUCUAUUUAUUUCCAGUUUAUUUUCCUUGAAAGCAUAUUAGUCUGCUGCUGCUGCUUCAUCUGGUGCUGGAUUGCUUUAUUUGUUUUUAAUGAUAUUAUCCUGGGGUGAACAAUAUUGUUGCCUAUUUCCACUGCUAUCUAUUCGGAGGGUUUAAGGUGAAUUGUGAUUGUACAUUUUAUGUUUAUAUCUUGGAAACUGCUUUAACUGCCCUUUAGUCGGGCUAAAAAGUCCUUAAUCAAUUUACAAAGCAGCUGUCCAAAGCCUUGGGCAGAGUUAUUUUCCAUCUUGUACUACUUAUAAUCUUUUAACUAGUGAUACAAGGAAUUUAUAUUGGGAUGCUAUGGAGACAUGAUUAGGCAAGGAAGAGUGCUAUUGUGUUCAUGUCUUGUUUGUGUACUUCCCCUAAGCACCUGAUAGGCCACUGUGAGAGCAGAAUGCAGGACUUUGUUGUGUAAUUCAGCAGGGACGUUCAUAAUAGCUGAUUAUUUUGAUUAUACGUAUUUUGUUUUAGUUUCAGUAAGGUAAGGGGGAUGAUCCAAAGACUUCCCAGAAAAGGUGAGCUUUGAGGAGGGUGUGCACAGAUGAGGCUGCAUUUGUCAACCAUAGGCAAACUCCUACUUAUCAAUGAAAUCGAUAUAAUAACUCCACAGCUUAAUAUUUCCAGAACAUAUAAUCUUGUGAAGACGAAAGCAACUGAAUUCAUUUCCUCCUGCUGCUUUUUAGGGAAUCCAGUUCCUCAUAGAAAAUGACCUAUUGCAGAAUACUCCUGAGGACAUUGCACAGUUCCUUUAUAAAGGGGAAGGGCUAAAUAAAACCGUCAUUGGAGAUUAUCUCGGUGAAAGGUAAGUAGAGAACAACCUGUGUGUCUUUUUAUGUUAAGCUGGACAUGGGGAGCCAUGCUUUGAUUCUUCUUGUUCUCUUUGACCCUGGCUGUAUAUCAUACACAUCUGUAAGAAUGUAUACGCCAUGCAGGAAAAUAGGGACACCUGAGAAGUUUUUCCAGUAUGACUAUGGUGCAGAAAUAUCACCCCACUACCCAACAGAUGAAAAUGUACUUUGAGGUUUUUGUUUUUGUUUUAAAAUGCUUAAAUAUUUAUGUUGAAAGUAUAUGGUGACCACAGUACAGCAAACCAGCAGUGCAUCUUAAUGGGCAGCUAUAGAAAGCAGAGAGUCUGUAGGCACAGACUUUAUCCUAUCAACUGUGGCCUCCCUACUAAGUCAUUUGCAAUAUUCAACUUACCUCCUUAUAUAAGCACAUUUAUUAUUUAUUCCUUUGAUAGGAACAUAGGAAGUGGCUAUACAUGAGACCAGGUUGUCUGUCCAAACCAUCCCAGUAUUGUCAACUUUGUUUGGGCAGUAGUUCUCCGGGGUCUCAUGUGUUCACCUCACCUGCUGCCUGAUCCUUUUAAGUGCUGUGGAUUAGACCUGGGGCCUUCUGCAUAUGAUGUAUAUAUUCUGUGAUUUAGCUGUGGGCCCUUCCCUAUCCUUGUAAGGGAUCUCCAACAUUGACUCAUAGCCUUCCUCAUAAUAUGCUUCCUGAUCCUUCUUACUGGAAAUGGCACGGAUUGAAUGUGGAACCUUCUGUGUUCAAAGUGUGUGCUCUACCACAGCUCGAAGCAGCUCAUAUAGGUUUGUGAAUUCCAAGGGGCAUUUUCUCCAUUGCAUUUCUUUUCUUCUGAAACUCAGAGAUCUUAAAGAUCUAGAUAGGAAUGUAUGUGGUUGGGCAGGGACUGUUUCUUCUAACUGGAAGCAAAAUGACACAUUGCACAGGUGUAUCUUCUUCACACAUGCUUUCCUGAGUAGAGGAAACACUUAUAAAAAUGAGUGUAUAGGAUUAAUGAUAAUUAAAUGCUUGGGUUUGUGAUACAAAUCUUGGGAGGUUUCAGAGUUAGAUUUUGACAAUCAUGUGUGGAAUUUUAUGUUGAGACCACAGAAGAAGAGCCUGCUAAUCUUAGGAGACAGCUGGCUACAUAAUUAUUAGCUAUCAGCAAGGCUACUGCCUGUCCUAAUAAUAGUACUUUUCGUCUGUUUAAUGUUGUCUUCUGUGAACAUCUUAUUGGUGGUAAUAUAUAGUUUAAGCAGGCACUUCAGAGGGAUAGCAGCAUCCCCUAGCUUUUAAUGUGAACAAAUAUUAAACAUAAAGGCCAUUCUGGCUGCAAAUUUGAUCUUUAAAAUGUAGAACCAAAACUGCAAUCAAUGUAUAGCAAAGACUGCAAACUUAAAUCAUCUUGAGAGCUUCUUUAUCCAAUUUAACCUGGAUUUCCUGGUCUGCAAACAGCUUCAGGUCCCUCACCCCCCCCCUCCCUUAUACGUGACUGAAAAUAGUACAGACUCUGGCAGAGAGUAUCUUAAUAGAUACCAGAUGCCUUAUUGUGAUGUAAUGCUUCUUGGAGACGAAAAUAUGGGGCAUCGUUCACAAGCUCCGUUGCAGUCACAAAAUGGCAUGAAUAAAAGUAGUAAUUCAUACUGGAGGAGUAGAUACUCUCAGUCGCUUUGGGUGUGAAUAUCUAACAUGGUAUUUCAGAGUUUCUUAGGAGUAAGGCUUUCUUGUGUUUCUAAUGUAGGCAGUUGAAAGUUAAAGAACAUUGUUCUGCAACAGAACUGAGCUGCUUUUUUGUGUUGUUCCUAAUUUAUGUCAAUAAACUGUGGCUAAUAUAAAAUAUAUUUUUAAAAAAGAAAGUGUAGCUAACUAUGUACAUCUGGAGUGGGGAACUUUUGUUCUGUGGGUCUAAUUAAACCUGCUAGGCCUUCAUAUUUGCCCUGUGAGGCUAUUCUCGCCAAGCUGCGCCCACCUGUCCUAUACCUAACAAAUAGCUCAGGAGGCCAGGCCUAGUGAACACAGCAACUCUUCCCAGUAGAUCUUGCCCCAAUGAGGCAGUUGUGUGGACUGUAUGAAAGUUUUGUAGCUUAAUACUUAGCGGCACUGUGGAACUAGGAAGUGUUUAGAACUGCAGUCCUAGCCAUGUUUACUUGAAAGUAAGUCUCAUUGAAUUUGGUAAGAUUUACUUCUGAGUAACAAGCUUAGGAUUGUGUUGUACCACUUGUGAAUGGCAUGUCAGUUCAGGGGAGAUAAGUUUUAGCCAAGUGUGUAUUAUCUUUAGCAAGUUAUUUAGUGUCUGAGAAUUUUCCAAACACUUUCUCGACAUUUCUUCCGAUGGUUAAAUGUCUAUAUGUAUACUAAAAAUAUAUUUAAAAGACAUCCUCACGUGCCCAUCUGUCUUUGGGGAGGAUCAGCUUGCAGUACAGAAAUGUACAAUGUAUGCAAUAAUUUGAAUGUUUGAGAUGGGAAGUUCAAACUGAGGAAUUUUAUAGCUUUAAGGUUCUGGGCAGGCAAAACUGUAUUUUUUUUCUUUCAUUUAUCCUCCCAAAAAUCAUGUGGUCAUUAUUUAUUUCUAUUUUACAGAUGGAUGACAACUGUGUUGUUACUAUUUCUGUUUUAUACAUUAACUGAGCCUUAGGGAGAGUUCCUUGUCAAAAGCCACCCAAAGAGCCCAUGGCUAAGCUACAAUUGGUCUUCACACCCACAUCUAAAUUUCAGUUCCAGAGCACUGUUCUUUAUUGGUGGGUCAGGACCCACAAAAGGGUGAUACCAGGACCUAAUAUGGGUUACCCUAGAGGUACCACCACUACCUUCUUUUAAUAAAUCAUUAAACAACAAAAAGAAAGUCUGAAAUCUUGUGAGUGUCUUUAUGUGUGUGUGCCUGGGAGAAAGGUGGGAUAGAAAUACUACUACUACUACUACUACUACUACUACUACUACUUUGCAGAGGCAAAGUUCUUGCACUCAGCUGAAAAUACUGCAUUUUUUGUUUACUCUGAACUAGUCUUAAACCUUCUGCAUUUACCACUUGCUUCUUAUAGUGAACCAGACUUGCAUGCAGGAUAACAAAUACUUUUGAAUAAUUUUUUAUGUAACUGACAGACGGAAAAUCGGAAGUCCUUUUUAUUCUUCUGUCUUCUCUUUUUCUCUCUGUCUUUUCUUCUAUAAGUUUGUUCUUUUAUCUUCUCUCUUUUUUGUUUUGUUUUCCUUUGGUGUCCUCUGCUCUGGGCCGUUAUUGGGGUCCAAGGAUUACACACACAUGGGUGGAUGGAUGGAAAGACCCUGAGUGAGAAAUCAGAGAAGGGAAGACUUCCCAGGGUGAAAGACUGGGAGAAGAAAGGAAAGCUCUCAGGCAAGAGCUGGGAGGGCCCACCACUUUCUUUUCUCUUUCUCUGUUUUUGUUUUUCGUUUUAGAAUAGUUUCUUUUAUCUUAUUGUAUCAUGAAAAAAGCUUUAAUAAGAGCUUAUAAAAAAUGGAUAGCAAAUAGUGCCCGGUUGCCAUAGAUGGCAAGGCAUUGCAUGCAGGCACUAGCUGGUCCACGCAUUAGCAAGGUGAGGUAGUAGACUCAGGUGGCAGAUCCAGCUUCCUCUGCCGCCUCUAACCUCCUCCUCCAUGCCCAGCCACCCCCUUUGCCACUACCUGCCACUGCGGAGGCAGCAGCAAUGGAGGGGGAGGGGAGAGGUGUCAGGGUGGGAGCAGCAUUUUCUGUUUUGCCUGAGGCAAAGUGGCCCUGUGGAAGUGAGUCAGUGGACCGUCAUUGGCAAGGGCAGGGAGACCAGGACAGAGCAGUUCAACCUCCCUCUGCGUCCAACAUAGAAAGCAAGUAGUUUGCCAGAAGAGGGAAAUCCCCUCUUUUGAACCCAGCAUAGGAUUGCAGUGGACCUCUGGACAAGGGACAGAAUUUUCUACCCCUCCUCUACCAGCUUCCACCCUGCUGGAAAAUACAGACUAGAAAUGGCUGUACCAUGUCCAGAUAAGGUUGAAGUUGUGUACUGUAUAACCAAGAGGGAAACCUAGAGGUAUUUCUCUGAAGGAUUCUUCUUGAGUGUAUUUUCUAAAUAACAUUAAUUACUUUCCUUAUUCCAUUCCCAUUGAGGAUAAAAACAUUGCUUUUGAUGCGUUGAUCUACUAAUUUCCCCUUGGCAAGAGCUUCUAUUGUAUUUAUAACAGCAACAACUUGCUCACAUCCUAUUUAAUGAGUGGAGUUUUCAACAUAUUAAUUAAAAUACUUGAAAAGGUUUGUUAUGUACACUUAAGGAGGCAAUUCAGGCACCUGUUUGCUUUAGAAACCCGCCUACCUGUUGUUGAGUUAGAAGCUGAUCUGCAACAUUUUCAUUUAAUGAUGUGAUUCAAACACACCCUAAGGAUUACAGGGCAUCUGAGUCCAGUAGUAUUGAAAUUCAGAAUGGUGCUGAGUCAAAGAAUAACUACCUUAGUUGUAUUACCAUUUUUCUCUUUUUUUAAAAAAGAAUAAAAUAUGCAUAGUUCAUAAUUCAUGCCCUUAUAUGAUUUUACAUUUUGUACAGUGUAUAGGAGAAUAAAAUUUAUGUUGCUUAUUAAAAUAUUAAAUUGACCCAUCAGUCAAUUUAAUAGUUCAUAAUGGCACUGAUUUUAUUACAGUCCUGAGAUUUCCAGGUUUGAUUUAAAGGGGGAAAAGGUUUCUAGUCCUCAUGACUGUAAUGCCAAGUUUGAAAAUGUAAUGGCAAACUGAAGCCCAAGCUCAUUCUUUCUUCCUAACUUCUGGGAAUUCUGGGAAGCCUGUAAUUCUGGGAAUUGCAUGUUUGUUCCAUUGCCUUUGAGAUGGGAAACUGCGUGUACAAACAAGUUGCUUGUAUAGCUUUUUACUCCCACUACAGGCGACUGAGAACAAACAUGGCUCAUAUUCGGUUCAACUUGACUGCCAGUUCAGAUACAGAGGGUUCUUGGGUCCUGCAGGUGACUACUUGCAAAUUGAACUUAUUUGCACCCUGUUUGAAAGCAAGCCAGAAGAAGUUGAGUUCUGCACUGGCUGGAUACUUGAUGCAUUUAUUGCCGUUGUUAAAUAUGUAUCCUGCAGUUUUCAAGAAAAAAUCCUUCUCUCAGGGCAGCUAACAGCAUGGUUAUUUGUUAAGGAGGGCAUUGUGUUGGACUACCUCAAAUUGGAUGUUGUCUGGCCUAUGCUAAGCAUGGAUGUCCUUGUUGAGUGAGUGGUUACUCCACAACUUUAGCCCUGCUUUAAGUAUCAUCAUAUUCUGGAUCCCUGCUUCCCCUUCUUGUGUACGUGUGGUUAUUGUGCAGGAUCAUCUGAGGAACAAUGUUGGUAUAUGACACACCAGUGCCACGCCUCUUAACCUGGUCAGCUUGGUGUGCAUCCAGUAUUUCACUGUGGUUGGGUCAGCAGGGAGUCUCACUGUGCAAAAGAUGAGUGCUGUAGGCUUAAGGAGCCAGCUCUGAGGCUGGGGCUUUAUAGGACCUGGGACAGGUGGGUGCAGCAACCUACAAGGCAGUUCCAGAGUUAGGUUCUGCAGUGGACAUUUGAGUGGUGGUGCCAUAAGAGAUAAGGCACUGGAACCUGAGUGCUGGGAAGCCCUAGUUCAAGUCACACAUGUAUGUAUCUAUGCACACCAAUGCCACCUAGAUAGCAGAGGCUAAGCAAAAGAAGGGACAAAGGACCAUUGGGACACCUGUUAUUGAUGAAGCCCAUAUUCCCUUUGGUCAUGUGAGCAGCCAAACCUUGUGGAUAGGCAGGCUGGGGAAAAAAGAAGUCAGAAUAUUGAAAUGAAUUGCUGUUGACAUUUUACUCUGUGUGUUUUAUUUCACAGGGAUGACUUUAAUAUUAAAGUACUUCAGGCUUUUGUUGAACUCCAUGAGUUUGCUGAUCUCAAUCUUGUACAAGCCUUAAGGUGAGCACACGAAAAAAAACCUCUCUUACAACUUUUUCCUAAAUAUAUUUGCAAUUUUUAAGCAGAGGCCACAAAAAUAACAGAAUCUGCCCCCCCAAUGCCUCAAUUUGGUGAGCAACACAAAUAACAGUGUGUGUGUGUGUGUGUGUGUGUGUGUGUGUGUGAGAGAGAGAGAGAGAGAGAGAAAGAGAGAGAGACUGAAAUAUAAGGUUACGAAUCAUAUAGCUAAAGAAAAGAAGAAUUCCAGGCCAUGUUGAUAAGUCACAGCAAAUAGUGUUAGAGACUACCUUGACCUAUUAUGGUUUGAACCUUCACCACUGAUAACACAAUGUUACCCAAAACAGUAAAUAACUCCUCUUUCAAGUUUGGCAUGCUGUUAAAUGAAGGAUAUAAGUUUUGUUGCCUAUAUAAUUCAAUGUUACCAUCAAAUAAUUUGUUUCAUGGUGCAUUUCAAUAAUGUAUUUUGAAGGGUCAAAGGGGUGUUAUAAGCAGAGCAGCAUUGCUGGCAAUAGUGUUAAUGAACUCUGCCAGAACUCACCCAGGUGGAGCUGAGUGAUUACUCUAGUUGCCUUUGGACUUAAUGUUAACCCAUAGCAUUACAGGAAUGGUUGUGCAGUGAGGAAAUUGCAAGCUUCUUUUUCCAAUUAACUGUACUUUUGUGUUGUAGCCAAAUCCUAAACAAUGGUCAAUCUUAACUGUAGUUUACUAAUGCAAGCCAGUUUCAUAAAAGCAUGGUAUGAAAUUGUUUAGUUUAGUAAGUCCUAGUUAGUACUAACUGUGGUUUGUUUGAUUCAGAUGUUAUGAGUCAUGACAAGAUAUGAUUAGUUUAAAACAGAAGUGAAAGGUCCCAGAACUGUCCAUGUGGCCACACCGGACAAGAGGAAAGGGAGGAAUACAUACCAUGAUCCUGGGUUGGGUGUAAUAUUAAGCCAGGAAGCAUGAUUUUCUCCCACAAUGCACAAGUGGAGAGCCCUCUUGGGCACAGUCAUAGUAAACCAUCAGCUGUGGAUCAUUGUAACACAUGACUGGGGUAUCUGAUUAACGUAAGCUGCUAGGCUACCAAUUUUAUUUUGGGGGGAAACUUGAAAUCAGUGCUGAUCUACAGAGACAUAGUGUUUGAUAGUGUUGUAGCAAGAGAUACUGUAGUGGGUGAUAUCUGACAUGCAAGUUAAUGUAUAUCUUUGCAGGCAGUUCCUGUGGAGUUUCAGGCUUCCAGGAGAGGCUCAAAAAAUAGAUCGCAUGAUGGAAGCUUUUGCUUCACGUUAUUGCCUUUGUAACCCUGGAGUCUUUCAGUCUACAGGUUAGUGGUCACGGCUUUCCUAGCCUGAUUGUGUUUAUUGUGUCAGUAAUAUUGGGUAAAAAUUGGAUGACAAGAAGCUAGAAACCUGUAACAAUCUUGACUGGAGAGAGCACAAGAGUCCAAGCUCAUUUCUCUGGCUCAGUGUCUCCACUGAGACCCAUGGUUCCUCUCAGGAGACCCAAGUGGGAGAGGUGAACUGUUCAUCUCUUUAAUCUAGCCUGCUUUGGAAUGUUGUUUAAUGGUAAUUAAGUUACGGGAAAUUGAGACUAAUUUGUGAGUGGUUCAGGCAUGCUCUUUUCUAAAAGCAGUAAAUCUUCAUACAAUCACUUUAGCUACCUCUUUUCUGGCAUACACAAGAACUUUGGGUGGGUUCAAAGCUCCGGUUGCAAAGUGUGACUUAUCACCAUUGGGGUUUUGGGAGAAGAGAAGGGGCUUCUCAUGCCCUUGCUUUCUUAUUAAUAACUAGCCAUGGGCUGGUUUUAUGAAGAGUAAUCAUUCCGCUUUGAUGCUACAUUUCAGAUACAUGCUAUGUGCUAUCCUUUGCAAUCAUUAUGUUAAACACUAGUCUACACAACCACAAUGUCAGAGACAAACCAACAGUGGAGCGGUUUAUAUCUAUGAAUCGAGGUAUUAACGAGGGCGGGGACCUCCCCGAGGAACUGCUGCGGGUAAGCUGCUUUUACAACGGCAAGUGUGCCGACUUUCUGCUUUUGAUGUGGGGCCAAGAAAGAAGUGCAUCAAUUUUGGCACUGAUCUCUUUGGGAACCAACACAGUAGGAUUUAUUAUCAUGUAACACUGGAUCUCUGGAGAAAGAAUUCUCUCAGUAAUGCUAGCUUGAGAAUAGCUGGCUUGCCCCCAAGGACAGCAAUCAGUCUUUAGGGACUGUGCUGGGAACUGAACUGGGGUUUCCCCAGUCUCCAGGUCCACCACGCCAGCCACUACUUUACACUUGCUUUUGUUCAGUUGUGUUUAUACUUUAUGCAGCAUUUUGAACUAACUCUCUUGUGUGAGCAAGGGGCCAUUAACUGUAAUGUCCUCCACACAUCUACAUAACUGACAUUGGUACAUAAGAAGCUGAGUGAGACCUCUAGUCCAUCUAGCUCAGAACUGCCUGUGCUGUGUGCAAGUGGCUCUCCAGAGUUUCUGGCAGUCCUAAAGUGGAAAUGCCAGGGAUUGAAUCUGGGGCCUUUUUGCAUGCAAGAUGUCCUUUACUACGGAACCUUUCCUGGAUAGGAGCUCCAUCUCUGAAGAUGAACAAAUGCUUCCAACACAAAUGGUUAACUGUACAUUCACCUAUCAUGGUUGUUAUGUGUUGACCAAGCUGGCCUCUGCUUCUUCCCUCACAUUCAACUACCAUAGUACCUCUAUGUCCUGCUGAAUAUGGAAAGAUGUUUAUGAUUUAUAUAUAUAACGAGUGUGUAUCUUGCAGGUAGGUGCUUCUUUCUGCAGGUUUCCAAAGUAGAACUACUAUUUUCCAAGGAAAAAUCUCAUUAGCCUUUUUGCUUUCUGUAAAGUGGAUGAUUCUCAAAGUGAGAGAUUCAUGCAAACCCAUUUUACCUGAUUCAGGUGUUUCCUGGUGUGUUUUGAAUGGUUGAACAUGUUUACAGAUUAUUUAAUUUUCAGUGCUUCCAUUUUUGCCUUUUUUGUGACCUACUGUUGAACAAUUAACAUAGCUAGCACAAUGCAUGCUUACCUUGCCCAUGAAAAGUGCAAAAUUAUUUGCAGAUAUGAUCGUGCAAAUAGUUUCUACGAAAAUAAUUGAUUUUAGUUUCUCUUUGAGGUGCUUUGACAGAACCUGCUGGCUGCACCUUGCAGCCCUGGCAGUGGUGUUAAACUUUUACUCUCCUGUUUUCUUCCAGAAUUUAUACGAAAGCAUUAAAAAUGAGCCCUUUAAAAUCCCAGAAGAUGAUGGGAAUGAUUUAACUCACACGUUUUUUAACCCAGACCGAGAAGGUUGGCUGCUGAAAUUAGGUCAGUAAAUGGAUAAUUUCCCUGAUACUUUAUUUUGUGUAUUAGCAUGUGCUGCUUUUGUUACCCCCCCCGCCCCACUAUUACGUUGAAAAUUUAAUGCAAUGGAAUCAGUAUUAGUUUCUGCUCAAAUAUUGCCAACCACUUUACAUAAUUCUUUUGUCUUAUUACUACUUUAUUAUCCUCCUACUUCACAAUUUUGAGUGAAGUUUGAUUUCCAGCUUCUUGGGGUUGAAAACCUCAGCCGAAACCGAGUCCCGGCUCUUUCUUUCAUAAAGGUAGCAGAAUCUGAUAGAUUACAGGGUUGUUGUUGUUUAAAAAAAACUUUAAACCUUUUCCAAUAAUGCUGUUGUGUUGAUUCACAAUUAGGUUUUCUGUGCGGUCACACAAAAGAACACACCUCUCUCUUCCAAAGGUUAUUCCUGUAUGUCUUUAGUCCCCCCCCCCCCAAACCCUGGUACUUGUUUAUUUCUGUUGGUUUGAUUUUUGGCUAUGAUUUUUUAAUGAGUGGUUUAAAUGUGCCUUCUUGUUUUCCUUAUGGCCUAUGACCUAUCACCUUUCUGUUCUGUGACUGGCUGUCUCUGCUUAUUCUGCAUUAGGAGGUACGUAACUGAUGGCUUUCUAUCCCCUUUCUCUUGUUCUGUUGCUCAUUCUCUCUUUGAUUUUACCCUCCCCGCCUUCCUCCUUGUCUUCCUCGUUGCUCAGUUUCCAUUAUUACAGCAUUUGUGGGGUUACCAUGCUUGUCACUUAAUACCACUAACUUUAGUCUGGCGAAGCCAAUGGGAUUCUGCUCAUGGAUAAGAGCACAAAUGAUAGCUGCUAGCUCACGUUUGAAAUGCUCAACACUUAGCAGUUGACGACCUCGAUAUUCAGUACCAGUUCUGUGCAGCUUGAUCCAUAUGGGAUUGGUGAGCUAAGUGCCCCCAAUUUAUUAAUGUAUGUAUUAACAAACAAACAUACCCUAUCUGUUUUCCCAACAAAGUUUAUUGUAACUUUCCCCUCUACCCUUGAUGCCUCUGUGACAGGCUUGGACAGUUACAGAGAGCUACUGUAACCCUAAAAAUAAUCAUGCAAAGACAUUAAGUGUCAUGGACUUACCACAAGACUCUAAAUUAGAGAUUUUGGAUUAGUAAGUGGAAACGUUUGUGGCUGCUUGUUCAGACACAGAGAUGUCUCCAUGAAUGGGAAAAGCAGUGUCGGUUCUGAAGAGAAGCUCUAGAAUCAUUUUGCAGGAAAUAAAUCUGAGAGGAAGGAUUCUUUAGACAGUAUCACACACAACCUUCAUGUGCUUCAGAAAUAGAAUUGUUCUUGUAAGGAAGCAGUAUGUUAAGAUGUUAGCACUCCUUUUCUUUUUUUAAAUAAGUAUUUCCAUCUGAACUGUAUCGUAAGUCCAGGAGCCUAUUUGUUCUGUGCACAUUUUUAUGUGUAUGUUAAAGAGUUUAUUUGAACAAAGCUGGAGACCUCCUGAGUCAGUAGGAACCUGAAACUUUUGGCAGCUGGUUGGUGUUUGAGGGCCAAAGUGUGCGGAGUCCAUUCAGGCUCUUUUGAAAUGUGAGGUUGCUUAGUUACAAACUUGGUCUUAGCAAGACAGUCUUGCCAAAUAUCAGGUUUUGUUUGGUCACCAGUGAAUUUAGACCUUGCUUCUGCAUUGUUUGUUUUAAAAUGCUGAUAUAAAGGCCUAAUCCCAACCAGGUUCAGAGGCAGCUUUGGGUUGUUGUUGAAAAUAAGGUGCAUUGAGACCCCCUUGACACUUUUUCCAUAAAGACUGGCCAGAAGUCUGAUGUUUGUAUUCUCCUAGUGUAAAGUUGCCUUGUAAUCAGGGGGGCCAACUUGAAUAAAAUAUUGGGAGGGGGCGGGUAAGCCCUGCCCUGCAUAAUUGAACACAAGAUGUAGUGCGCACACACUAUUUGAAAUGCAGUGCCCAUCCACUUUGGGGGGCCCCAGCCCCCAGCUGUUAUAGGUCCUGGUCAAAGAAUACACCAUGCUUAUUUUAAGAAGUUUAACAUAUAAUCGCUUUAUAAUUGUUUAAUUAUACUUCUUCUUAUCUUUCUUUACAUAGAUCAAUCGCCUUCUAUAAAGCAUGACAGUGAUUGUAUUGGAGUGUGUGUGUAUGUGUGUGUGUUUGGAAGGAGACAGCAGACUGGGAAAAGCUAGCCAAAGAUUUUCCUAGCAGCAUCAGACUCUAGUUUAUUUUGGGUUAGUUUGCAGGCAUUGCAUAAGGAUUAAUUGUGGGCCAAAUGAGGGGGAGGUGGCUGUAAUAAAAUCCCUCCUUCUGCCCUUUCUAGUAGACAUUCCAGCUGGACAAAGAUCUCACAGGCGACAGAUCCCGGGAUGCAAUUCUUCUGUACCAGAAUUGUUUUUUCUUCUAACAACACUGUCUGCUGGCAAUAGCUCAGCUAAACUGUCUAGUACUAAAGCAUUUGUUGUACUUAGCUGAGGUCUGGCUUUAAUAUUUUCCUCUUGUGCUCAAGAGGCAAAUAUGUUAGUUUCUUGGGUUUAUUUUUGGCCACUCUGAGGCUUUUACUGAAGAUGAACUAUUUUGCAGUGGGAAUUAGAAUGUGGAAGGGUGGGGCAUCAUCUGCCUUCUUUCUACUGUGCCAAUUUCCACACAAACCGGUGCCUUCCAGAUGUUUGGGCCUUGGCUUGCCUGGACCUGAUGGAGGGCACUAGGUUGACGAUGGUUGUGAUGUGUCAGUAAUGAUUCCCAAAGCCUUUUAUUUUUCUUGUAAGGGAAUGAGUCAACUACUGUACUUGUCCAAAUGGGUGUCCUUUUUACCAGCAAGUUUUUUACCAACAUUUUGCCGAAAGGUCCACUGUUCAGGAUAUGCUUUUACACAUACAUGGUAGCUGUUAAAUCCUACCUCAUUUACCAUCUUUUUUCAUCAUAACUCUUGGUGAAGCUUUUAGGUCUCCUUGAUACAAGAUACCUUUCUUUUUAAUUUAACACCUACGAAUGAAGGACAUUGUUCAUUUUUUCCUGUGUUCUAAAGUUUCACUUAGCUGCUUUUAUUGAUUUUCUUAUACAGUAAUGUGACUUCUCUAAUCUGCAAGGUGUGUAUGUUUGUGUGUGUGAUGUUUUAUCCUUCCUGUUGACUCUUCUUUCCCUUUCCAUUAUUAACUGACCUUAUGCUAUGAAUGGGAUACUACUACUACAUAUGAUUUCCAGAUGACCUGUCACUUGCUUUGCUUUAAAUGUUUGCCUCUAGAAUUAUCCAUUAAUUGUAUAACAUGCUUGCUCUGUUUGUGGAGGGAAGACAGAUUGCUUUGGGAGACGCUCCUUCUUUUCAGCUGUCAGAGUGAGGAUGAUAGGAAGGGAGAGCAACACCUUACGCCAGAAUAGUCCCUGAAAAGCAGGACUUCCCUUGGGCUCCAGUUUAACUGCUUAGGUCUGCUCUGCUCUGUACAUGAACACACAAAAUUUGGCUUCAUUUUGUCUUUUACCUGCUUCAUCUCCUCCCCUGUUAUUUUUAUUAAUGGCUGUACAGUGAGUAAUGCUCAGGUUUCCUUCUUUUGAAAAAGAAGUCUGGACUCUCUAUGUAGAGAGACAUUAGAGAAACAGAGCGAUUUAUCUAAGUAGAGUAUUAUGAACGUUGAAACAGACUGGCUAAGGUGUCGGGCAAUGGAUCAAAUGGAGUAGACUGGGCUCACAACUUGAGUGCCUUCUGCCAGAUAACAAGAGCACAAUAAGGAAAUGCUACAUUUUUCAUGUCCUGGUGAACCCCAAGAAUGCCAAGUUUUGGUUUUUGCACAUUGGCUGAUUCAGCCCUGGCAUCCAUUGACUUGACUGUUCUUGGAUUCCAUUGACUUGACUGUUCUCUGAUUCCAAACCGAGAUAAACAUUUGCGAAUGUUGGCUUUUUCCUGUUCGUUAUCUGCAUGCCACCACCUCUUGGCACUAGUUCAAGUUAGUAGUCUUUGCCAUUAAUUUUGAAGAGGAGUUUGAUCAAACUUACUGAGUUAAGAUGUAAGGAUCAAGAUGUGGUUUAACUUGUAGAGGCUCUUACGUUGAGUCAACGUGCAGCGCACCACCAACUUGACUUCAUCAAGUUCUGCAUCUUCGCCUUCCUCUGUUUCUGCUCCUUGACCACACCCAACAGAAAAAUGUUGUUUUGACUUGUUAGGACUAUGAAACAUAGGCUUAUAUGUGGUAGGAAACUAGAAAUACACAUGAAUGGAAUGUAAGAGCAGCACUGGGCUACGUCUGUGAGCCCUGUAAUCCCUUUAUGUGCUAUAAGCCACCCAGAGUGCUGGGGAAACCCAGCCAGAUGGGUGGGGUACAAAUAAUAAAAUUAUUAUUAUUAUUGCUUUUGCUUUUAAAGUCACAUUGGACAUAACAUAACCUCUAACUUUAAGAGCUUACAUUGCAGAGCAGUUUGAGAAAACUGCAGGAUAUCCAGCAUAUUCCUGUGAUUGUUCUGCAGUUCAAGAUCUUGUUUGUUUAUUUUUACAAUGUAUUGUGCCAACAACAAGCUCAGAGAGACAAAGCAUUGUUGACCAAGGAAGAGCUGCAGAUGCUUUUAUAGCUGUGCCCUGGAUUGAGCAGCCUGAGUCACUUAAAAUGAUUAAUCCUUGGGUGAACUAUACUGUUUAAUGAGAGCCUGAUGUUCACGGUGUGCUGAGAGUGAAGGCUAAUGGGAUUAAAUAGUGGGUAAAUGGAUGAGGCACAGGAGGUGAUGCAACUCCUAAAAUCUCUUAACUGCAGAGAUACGAAAGCUUCAGAGUGAGAGCAUCAAAUCCAUAUCUGCAUAUGAUUUUUUUGUCUGAGAUUUCUUGAUGUUUAGAACACAAAAGUAGCAAUAUUCUGGACCUUGUUAUAACACAUUUCUGAGGUUUUUCUCUCCUUAUAUUUGUAUCACCUGUUGACCACAAAAUAGGGGUGCUAAAGUGUGAAUGGUGUGUGUGUUAGAGAGAGAGAGAGAGAGAGAGAGAGAGAGAGAGAGAGAGUGUCUUCCCAGCCUUCCUCUCCAUGUUUGUGUGCUGAGUGGUGUUUCUGUGAUAAUUGGUUAGUGAUAAAACAGAUUUGAGUUUGCAGUCCUAUUAUCAGUGAACUAAUCUCUAAUUAGAAGCAUAUAAUCUUGUGAAUUUACUCCUAAUUCUAUCGAUUUACUGUAACUGAUUAGGUUAGUUUAUUUGUACCUAGUCACUCCACCCUCAUGAAACAAAAGUUUUUACAGUAUGAAAGUAAUGAAAGCAACGUCAAUAGAAGUUAACUCUGAGUCAAACAAACUACAACAUAAAUAUAAAAUGCCAAAUUUUCCUGGCCAUUACAUGUCCCGUAACUUGUGAAUCCAAAAAUCAAUCAGUCUCUCUUCCUUUCAUGGCACGAUCCAGUGAGCAACUUGUGCUUUUGGAAAGUGGGGCACAUAAGAUGAAUAAGAAAUCUAUCAGACAAUUCCACCUUCUCUCUCUCUCUCUCUCUCUCUCUGAUGUGUGUAUUCUUAAGUGCACAAAGUACAGUGACAUUAUGAGCAAGGUAUAGUGGCUACUUGUGGUCCAAUGUAGAGGAAAAUGCAUAUCCCACCUCCACCCUCAAGCUGACUGUCAGUCCACCAAAAUCCAGUUGGGUUGGGGUUUAAUUAGUGUUGAGGAAAAGACACACUGCAAAGAUUAAUUUUAUUCUUUGAUAUUUGAGUGCAAAACUGUUGUCCAUGCAAGGUGCUUUCAUGGGGUCUGAUAGCUUGCCAUUAAGAAUAAAAGUGCAUAUUGACUUACUGUCUAUAGUGCCCACUUUUCACAUUUUAGACAACCCAAAUUUUAUACAUUUGUAUUACCCACAUAUAACCCUCAAAAAUAUUAAAAUGUUCACAGUUUAAAUAUCACAGACACACUGGUUAAGUUGUAAGGUAGUGAUUCGAAAUAAAACCAGCAAUACUGUCAUAUAGGCAACUGUUGGCAUGCUUUGAUACAGAUUUUGUACAAGCCGGUUUCCUCUGCCUUCAGUGAGAGCAUAGAGACUGUAUCCAUCAAACAGAUAUAUAGUUGGCAGCUUUGUAGUGCAUCCUGUUUUAAAAUAGUCAAGCACAAUAAGAAAAUUGGUGGCUGUGUAUGUGAACUGGACUAGCCUGAUAAAGCAAGUUUAGCUGCUCCUUUGAUUAUCUGAGCAAACUAGUUUUGAUGCUGUGACAAUGUUGUGAUUUAGUGUUAGCUCCUAUCUGACGAUGAGCUUCCGGAGAAGAGCUCUACUACUUUUAACAUAUGCUGGAAAGGGAAGUUGGGGUCUUGGUGGUUCACCACUUCAUGCUGAGUAAGAUAUAUUUUGCGGUUUGAGGAUGUCUUGUAUUCCUUUUCAAAGACAUGGCUAAAUUAUUGCACGUUACAUGUGCGUGUAUGCAGAAAAAUGGAAAAGGUGGUGAUCUCUGAUCAGCGCCCAUUCAAGAGGACUUUUGCAUAUUAAACAAGAACUGCCCUUGCUUAUUGGUGUGUGUGUGUGUGCAUGCGCCACCUGAUCCUACAUGAAAGUUACUUUGGUCACUAGGUCUUACCACCAAGUAAUGGUGUAUAGUCUGUUCGCUGUAAGAGACUAACAGUGGAAUCGUAUUCAUGUUUGCAAAGAAGAAGAGGUGCCGUCUUGUGCCCAAGAUUGGGGGGGCGGUGCUUGUGAUGUCAUUAUGCACAACGUCGCAUCAUCAGGAGGAGGCCGAGCACAGAGCACAGUGCAGCGUAGUUCAAUGGCUGGUUUCUCCUGAGUGCAAGAGAGGAAGCUGCGCCGCACUGGACUUCCCACUCAGCCUCCUCCUGCAAUGUCAUUCGCGUGUUGCAUGUAUGAUGUCACGUAAGUGCAACACGCAUUGUCAGGAGGCGGCUGAUCAGGGAACACAACACAGUGCGGCUUCCUCUCUCAUGCUCAGGAGGAGCCAACCAUUGAACCGUGCCACGCUCGGCCUCCUCUGCCCCCUCAACAUCAAGGAGGCUCAGCUUCCUGCCAGCAAAUACUGAGGUGGCCACAAACCCCUCUGCCCCUAGGAGUUGGCACACCUGCAAAAAAGUAAGUCUUAGUGUUCAGUGAGGCAUCUUCAGAGACAAGCAUGUGUAGGGUUGUAGCAUUAUUGUAGUAUCAGGCUGUAAUAUAUUGUAGUAAAAAUACUGGGCUUUUUUUGGAUUAAAAAAUAUAAAUUUGAUAAAUAAAUAAAUUUAAGGGGUGUUUUUUAAAGUUGUCCAUUGGGUGUAUUGCUUUGAGCAUUUUGUGAAGCAGCUUAUACAUCCUGAAAAGGAACACAUACACUUCAAAUGUUUGGGCAUACAGUGGUUCUUCAUAUGGAAUUUAAACUAAUUACUCUUUCAUAUAUCUUCAGAAGCUGAUCCGAAUGGGAAGAAUUCCUCUGUUUCUUAAAGAGGAAUAUGAAAAACUGUCUCUAAUUCCUCUUCCCCAUCCCUCCACCCUUGCACAGGUGCCUGGAUCACACAUAUUAUCAUUCACAUGACCAUCAGGUGUACUCACAGAACAGCAUAUUUUACUGCCAGGCUGAAUGUCUGAGCUGGCACCAUUUGCUGAAGUGGAAACUGUUCUGUUUGAAGAUCAUAUCCCUGAGAGGUGAUAGGAUAGCCAUCUUCAAAUAUAUUCACAUGGAAGAUGGAGGAAGCUUUUUUCCUGCUGCUCCAGAGAGUAGAAUCUGAACCCAUGGAUUCAAAUCACAAGACAGGAGAUUCUGACUAAAUAUUAGGAAGAACUUUUUGACAUAAGAGCUGUUUGAUCAUGGAAUGGACUACUUUGGAAGUGGGUGGAGUCUCCUUUCAUUGGAGGUUUUUAAACAUAGGUUGGAUGACUUAUCUGUCAGGGAUUCUUGAGCUGUGAUUCCUGCACUGUAAGGGAUUGAACUAGAUGGCCCUUGGGGUCUGUUCCAGCUCUUCAGUUCUAUGAUUCUGUUAUCUAUUCUGUUCUGCUGAUUCUACAUUGAGAAUGAAUUAGAAAUGUAGAGAAUGUGUACAGUGGUACCUCUGGAUACGAACGCUUAUGGUUGCGCACGCGUUGGGUUACGAGCUGUGCUAACCCGGAAGUAAUUGCUCCCGGAUGUGAACUUUGCCCCGGGAUGCAAGCGGAAAUCAUGGGCCAGAGGCACGCACGCGUAGCGGAAGAUGCGCUUUUGCUAAUGGUGCCUCAUGUUAAGAACAGUUUCAGGAUAAGAACGGACCUCCAGAACGAAUUAAGUUCAUAACCAGAGGUACCACUGUAUUUGUUCCCCCCCCCCCUUUUGGUAAGAAAGGGUUUUGAUUUGGGGGUGGAGGGGGGAAAGGGACAAGAAUUUCCAUUUCAGAUGCAGUGGGGAAGAUGGCAUUCCAACACCAUCACCUUGUAAUAUCAAAAGGAUAUUCCCAAUAACCCCUUACAUUCAUUCAACCUUGACUCAUAUGUUUGCUUUCACCGAAGCCUGUCUUUUGACAAGCCUAACCAUUUAAUGAAGUAACAAGUUAACCCAAUUCCUGUUUGUCUGCCGCACAGAAGCUUGGCAUAAUCUGGUGUAACUUGAAGGUGCUUUAUGUCUUUACAGGCGGAAGAGUGAAAACAUGGAAAAGGAGAUGGUUUAUACUGACAGAUAAUUGCCUAUAUUAUUUUGAAUACACAACAGUGAGUAUGCUGGGUUGCAAAUCAUAAUGUCACUUCUGCCAAGCACAAGCUCGGGGCUGUUUACUGAGCACUGUCUUUCCUGGACUUGUAGGACAAAGAACCCAGAGGAAUUAUCCCUUUGGAAAAUCUCAGCAUAAGAGAAGUUGAGGAUCCGAGAAAACCGGUAAGGCCUUCUCCUUCUUCAUGAGAUACCAUUCUGUCAGGAACCUCUGCUUUGUAAACACAGGAAAAAUCCAGAUGAGCUGCCAUAAGAGCACAGCUUUGAUCUUAAUCAGCUCCUGUUUUUUUGAAUAGUGAUAGUACUGGAGGCUUCCUUGGCGGAAUGCUUCUCUAAUAUGAUGUCCUCUUAAAUGAAACUCAUUAUUUUGUAUGAUAAUCCAACCUUAUAGCAAAUUUAUAAUUCUGAGCAACUCUCCCUUUCUGUUUAAAGAUUUGGAAAAACACUAAAUUAGAGAGAGAGAAUUGCACGUACACCGUAAGAAGCCCUUGACCAGAACAGGCUGGAUAGGACAAGAGAAAUGACAUAAAGAUAACAAAAAACCAGAAAUGACAUAAAGAUAACAAAAAACCAUGGUCUAAUAUAAAUAAAGCAUAGAAUAUUUGCUGGGGGAAAGCCUUAUUUGGUGUCUCAGUAAAGUGAAGAAACCGUAUCCCCAGAUUAGCAACAGCAACAAAAAAAUCCCUAGGCUAGUCUGAUUCUUCCUUACUCUUAAUUAGUGAUACUUUUCCCGUGUUUGGGAUGUGCCAAACUUCCAGACACUGCUUUUAAUACCCAUUUUGCAGUUUGUUUUCAAACUCAGUUUCAAAGACUGGGGCUGAUCUUACGUCUUUUUCAAUUCAUUAUAUAUUCAUUAUAUAUCAUUUCGCAGUAAGCUUUUAACCUUACUGCAAGACUACCCCAUAUGUGUUUCUGUUUCCCUAGAAUUGCUUUGAGUUGUAUAAUCCCAGCCAUAAAGGACAAGUCAUUAAAGCUUGUAAGACGGAAGCAGAUGGCAGAGUGGUAGAAGGCAACCAUGUGGUUUACAGGAUAUCUGCCCCCACCCCUGAAGAAAAAGAAGAAUGGAUCAAGUCAAUCAAGUGAGUUCUCUCUCUAAUACAGAAGUGCAACUUUCACCUAAAGCAGUGGUUCCCAAUUAGCUAAGUACUGCAAACUACCUCUUUCUCAAAAGCCAAGCCGUGGAGCCCUACUAUUGCAAAUGUUGAUAUUUUUGGGGUAGUUACAUGAAUAGUGCCACUUUGCCCUCCAAGAUGUCCCAGAGCAAAACUGGGCCACGCUGCUGUGCGAGUCACAUGACCUGCGCAAAAGCAUGAUGCCCCCAAAAGGCAUGUUUUAAUUUUUCUCAGCCUCUUUUCUCUUUUGCAAGGAACUGUAAUAUUCUCAAAAUGGGAUUCCUCAGCUUAGGGAUGUCUUUUUAUAUUAAGCAGAAUAAAAAUAAAAUAAAAUAAAAUAUGAUUUAGCUUAGCCUCUGAAACAGUAAUGGCUUCUGUUUGACUGGAAAGCCAGAAUAAGAGACCAUUGCCUUACAUAGUUUUGUGGAUGAUGGUUUGUGCUCACUUUGAUUUGGUGAGAGGCCUGCUUUGAUAGAUCCUAGUUACAGCUGUUUCUGGAGGCUGCUGCACCAUAGAUAUGGUGAGCAGAUAGAACGUGAAAGCAGACAAGUAAGUAGCUUUAAUCUAAACCAUGGUUUGCCUGUAUACAUGAUUUGGGUUCUAAACUAUGGUUAGCACAAACCAUGAUGUCUAAAACAAAUCUCUUUGGAAAUUUGUCAGUGUGGCUAGCAAAUGUGCAUAUCUAAAAACUAAUUCACAUCUCCUGUUCUCUUAGGGCAAGUAUCAGCAAGGAUCCCUUUUAUGAUAUGCUGGCAACGAGAAAAAGAAGAAUUGCUAAUAAAAAAUAGCACUAACAGGGGACUCUUGUGGAUCUGCCUUAGCCAAAUUGCUAGUACAUUAUAAAGCCAAGGUAAAGUUCCAAGAAAACAAGACUUGUAUUGGAAAUGUAGUCACUUUCCUGCAGCAUCUACCUUCUCUUUGCCCAUUUAUAAUAUUCCAUGAGAUGCUGGAAGACGUUUCAAGCACAUGGAUCUAUGUGAACUGAAAAUUUGGAAACCUUAUGUGCCGUUUUGUGUGUGGCAAUGUGUGUCAUUGAACCAGGAGGUGAUGGUAUGUAAUCUGUCCCUCUCCUGUUUUGGGGAGCCUGUGUUCUGGAUUGUGACCCGCUGCUGAAUCUAGCAUUCACAGCUAGCAGAUUACUCUUCUUUCUGGGUAUGCAAAAGUACUUUUCUCUCCCUUGUUCAAGCCUUCCCUUCCCUUUGCAAUGCUGCGAAAGUUUGAGCCCUGCUUCAGCUCACAUCCGGUCUCUGGUGCUUUCAUUUAGAAUCCCCAUCCUCCAGCUUAUGGAUAGAUAGGAAGGUUACACUGAAAAAGAAACAACCGCCACAAGCCUGGCAGCUAUAUGAUUAAGAGGCCUCCCUCUCAUAAACAGAUGGUCAUGCACUGAAAACAUGAAGUUCUCGAAGAUGAAAAGGUUACAAACAUGAGUUUUGGCAGUAUCCGUGUAGCUUAUCUUUGGUUUUUGGAUGCUUUGGAGAUGUGUGACAUUGCCUCUCCAAGUGUUAGCCUGAAAAGCCUUUCCCGGGUCUCAGUUCUGUCUGGUAACAUUCAGCAUCAUCUUAUAUUUGUGUAAGGAUGUACUAAUAAUGGUUUGCAGGACUCCAGAGUUAUUCAAAAACACCAGCUUUAAUUGUUCUCUUUAUUUAUUGCCACACAGGAAAAUCAAGCAAGAUUUUUGUUUUGUUUUUCAAAUGGGAGCAAGCCAAAAAAGAGAGAGUAUAUGUGUGUAUGCGUAAUAUUAGUUAUCCAUUGUUAGUAGGGUGUACAGAAUUGCCUGAAUCCUUGCUGGGCUUUGCAUCUUUCUUAAUGAAGAUGUGUGCAUAUAGCUGGUUGGGAUAGCCAAUUGAAAAUGAUACAGUUUGGAUGAUCAUUCAAGUUUUUAUAAGCCAUAGUUUAUGAAGCUGGCUCCAAGCCCUCCCCACUUUUCACAUUCUCCUGUUGUGUGCCAGCUUCCUGCGAAGAUUCUGGUUUCUGUUAAACCAGAGUCCCCUGUUGCAUCUGAACUCUGGCUUAACGUUGGUUAACAAACCAGGACAAUAAGCCAGGAUCAACACCUCUGCUGGGUGUGCAGGAGAACAGGGGAUGGUGGGUCCUGCUAGCCUGGGGCAUGUUCAAGAUUUGUGCUAAAGCACAGGUAAACGUGGCAUGCCAAAAUGACCGCUCUGUAUGGUUUGAGGAUAAGAAGACUCAGAUUUGAUUCCAUUGUACUUCCAAGUACAACCAAUAAAUAACAGGAAUAGGAAAUUUGUCUGCAGUGAUACCUUGGAGCUUUGAAAUCACCUGUCAGUCAGGGAUUGCAUUUUUGUUUUAGUAAGCAUAAAGCAAAAGCCUUAAGAUACUGUUUGUAUAUUGUAUGAUACUGUUGGUUUAUUGUAUGUAUGUAAUUAAUAUCUGCAAUAUUCAUAGGAGGAAAGCAUUGGCCUGUGCAAGCAGCCACUGCUGUCCUCUCAGGUGGCAGCAUCUCUUAUGGUUAGAGCUGUAGAUAUUAUGGGAGGUGAAAAAACUUGAUGGGGAAGGAUUGUUACAGGAUCAGCACUGCAGCCUCAUAGGAGAAUCUGAAUAUAAAUAGCACAGUGGCUCUAGAAGAUAAUGGAGGCAGCCUUCUAUAGGGUGAAUUAAGACAUUUUUAUUUAGAUGUUUCUGUUUGCUGAACUCUGAAAUUAGAUGUAGAUUUGCAGAAUCAUGACCAGCGGCCAUGCUAGCUGGGACUGAUGGGAGGUUGGAGUUCAACACCACCUGGAGAACCCAUAGCUUUGCAGCAUUUCACCCUAAGAUUGUGGGCAAUUAUUAUUUUUUAAAUAUUUUAUAGAACUCUGAUCCAUAGUCUGGUCUGGCUUUACGCUUCCCUGGUUUCAGUUUGUCACAUGUAAUCCCUCAGUGAAUGUGUUGAAAUUACUGACAUUUCUAACCCAUCUAAUUAGCAACCCUGUUUGCAAAUACUGUGUAAAUGGAGUAAUUGCAGUGUUCCAUGAGCUUCUUGUCCAAGUGGAAAAUAACACACUUCUUAAGUGUAGAGAAUGUUUGCAUGGCUGCAGAUGUUCUUAUGUAACUGAAUGAUUAGGGAUUGAAAUUGGGCCAAACCUUUCUGCUUGCCCAUGAGGCCAGUGAAAGAAAUUACCUAAUUUGCAGGUACAGCUUUCCAUAUAGUUGCAAUUUUCCAGUAUUUUUCAAAUACUGGAAUCACUUUCAAAAUGAAGUUUUAUUUUUAUCUAUUAAUUCCCUCAAAUUUGUUAGUAGAAUGUCUGGGGGCAGGGCAAGUUAUGAAAAUGUCUAAUUUUAAUAUAGUUAUAGUCAUUGGUACCCUACCUUGCCAAAAAACAUUUGCUGAAUGGCAAUUUAACCAACAAUGGAAAAAAAUUCUUUUCUGCCUGCAUUUUGGACAGAUUACUGGAAGGCUUUUGUAUCUUUGGGAAAUUCUUUGGGGAGAUUGCGCAAAUAUUUUUUUAUCCUUUACCGAGAGAUUGUAAAUACUAAUUUUGUUCCAAAUCUCCUUAGGCAGAUUUGUUCCAAAGACCUUUUCCCAUUCCUGAACAUAUCCGAGCCUUUACUUCUGCUACUAUCCAGCAUACUUUGGAUAAGUCUUUUGAGUUCUUCCAAGGCUAAUCUCUCAGAUUGUAUAACUUGCCUCAAUUCUGUUCCUCAAACUACUUGAGUUUCUUUACCAGAUAUUUAAAGGAUGCCUUAUUUCAAAGGUUUUCAACCUUUUUAGUCCACGGCUCCCUUGACCAACUACAUUUUUUGUGCGACAUCCGUGGGGUUCAGGAGGCCAGUUAUGUCACCCCUCACCUGCAGAGCUGGCAGCCUCUCACCCUUUUUCGAACACCCUCCCUUGUGGAGUGUUCCCUCAGCCUCCUCUCCUGUCUCCUCUACUUGGGAGUCCUCUGGGCAGCCGCUGCUACCACUGCUGGUCUCUGAGCUCCCCCCCCCCCCGCCCAAAAAGAGAUGCCUCUCAGAGGCACUGUUCACCUGGGGAGCUUAUAGCCAGGGAUGUGGCAACAAAUAGCUGUGGAAGCCUUUGGGAGGCAGAGACGUGAGAGGGCAUCAGAGGAGGGAGGGAAGGAAAGGACAGGCCAGUGUUGCCCGUGGGACCCCUGACCAUCAUUCAAGGUACCCCAGGAUGCCCCGGCACACUAGAGAGAGAGAGAGAACUAAUUCAUAGGUCUAAGUAUGCAGAUACCAAAAGAUAUCUGAGGGUAGAGAUUAUUUAUCCCAAGCAUCCUGCUGUUUUUGCAGUACUGUAAUGGUGCAGCUACUCCCAUCAUGUAAUUUCUUAAUCAGAGUAGUUGGCCUCCUAGCAAGUUUUGUUCUAGCAAACUAAGAAAAUUUUGAUUGCUCUUUGCCAUCUGUAACAAACAACCUAGUAAUAUUCACAAAGAUCAGCUUGUGAAGAUCCCUCUUCUUCUUCGUUAAACAUAGGUAAAGGUAAAGGGACCCCUGAUCGUUAGGUCCAGUCUUGGCCGACUCUGGGGUUGCGGCGCUCAUCUCGCUUUAUUGGCCGAGGGAGCCGGCGUACAGCUUCCGGGUCAUGUGGCCAGCAUGACUAAGCCACUUCUGGCGAACCAGAGCAGCGCACGGAAACGCCAUUUACCUUCCCGCCGGAGCGGUACCUAUUUAUCUACUUGCACUUUGACCUGCUUUCGAACUGCUAGGUUGGCAGGAGCAGGGACCGAGCAACGGGAGCUCACCCCGUGGCGGGGAUUCGAACUGCCGACCUUCUGAUCGGCAAGCCCUAGGCUCUGUGGUUUAACCCACAGCGCCACUCGCGUCCCAUAGUUCUAAAACAUAGGUGUAAGUAAAUUCUAGGGUUUUUCCUUCCCAGAUAAUUAAUAUCUUUCAGUUGUCUGCCAUCUCUUUAUAAUCCUGAAAAAGUAUUUGUAGGAGGGCCAGUGUGGUUUGCCAUCCUAUUGCUUGGGUGAACCUUCUUUUGCUUGUCUUUUCUGUCUUUUCUCUAUAUUACCUUCUCGAGGGAAUUCUUUGUUCUUAGCAGACUGGACGUAGGGUUCCUCUGACCAGACCUAUCAGGUGUUCCUUCCUUUUCUGAGGAAAUACUCUUGCCUCCAGAUCCUAGUUUUAACUGGGCAGAUCUAGUGCAGACUGAUGCUAGAAGGGCCCGAUCAAUUUGCCCAGUAUUUCAUUGUCAAAUUUCACUAGAUCACCCCAAACGUUCUGCAGAAAUCACUGUAAAAAUUUUGACCUUUUAAAAAUCAUGCGCUCCGAUCCCUGUUGGCUUUCCACAGCCCUUUUUCUAGCACGUGCAUUUAGGGGAUUGAAUUUAAAUGGGUUGGCAAUGCCGGUGAUUCUUCUCUGGUUUAUUUUUGUCUGAUUAAGAGUCCUCUGUCAGCAAAGAACAUGUAAACCGAGUAACCAUGAUGCUCUAUAAGCAUUCUGCUAAAGUGCAGCGCAGCAUCCUUUCUCCAGCUAUAGAAUGGUUGCAGAUGUGUGUACGGAACAGUAUUAGUAGGGAUUGAAUUUGAGCCAAAACCUCCAGAGGCCAGUAAAGAAGCAAGCUAAUUUGCAGGAGUGGCUUGUGAAAGCUUUUGGCUUUGGUUGAGGUACUACCUUUUAGAAAAUACAAAAUAAACCUCUUCUUCAACCUAACUCUUGGUCUUGGGGAGUUGUAGCUUUUGAAAGCAGCGAGAACCGCAGAGGCUGAAAGCAGUGGAGGCAAAUGGCAUUGGGUACUUCUGUGGGUGUUAUUCAGGAAGCUGCCUCCACUUCUGUCCUAUUCACAUUCCCUGACCUUGUUCCAUGAAGUAGUAAGAUUUCCCCCACCAUUCUCUUACUGUGUUAUCUGAACUGGGACUUAUGGUUAUGCACUCUUCUCCUUAAUCAUGAGCUGUAGCAUCCGCCCCCCCCCCAUUGUUUGUAGUUAAGGAGCUUAACCAUGAGGCAGGUUCAGAAGACAUGCUAAGCCACAGGGACCAGCGAAUGCAGGCUUCCUUCCCCUUAGGAGUCAGCAUGUUUGCAUGGUCCCCCCUAAGCCAUAGUCAUGCAAACCAGACCCACUUUUGCCCAGUGCUGCUUUUCAAGCCUUGAGGACUCUGGUUUUUGAAGGGGUGAGUUUUAAAAAGCACUUUAAGUUCAGCUGGCCUGACAGGUGCUGAACCUAACCUGAGGGAGGUUGUCAGUGGGUGGGUGGGUGGGGGGUGGAAGAGAGAAUUUUGCUUUGCUCUGUCACUUAAGGUUUUGGAUGUGUUGAAGUGUGCAGUACUUUAUAAAGUGAGCAGCAUUUACAGUGCUUUGUAUUAAAAAUGCCUAUUUUUAAAAAAACGUAGUACAUAUCUUUCUAGAUAUGCUUGCUGGAAGAAAGGUCUCUUGGAUCCAGUGCAGAUGUAAUACUCUCUACUGACCAUUGCUUGCAAAAUCAAGAUGCAUCCUCAGAAGCAAUAAGCACUCUCUCUCCUCUGCCCACAAUUUCCUCUUUGAGAGUGGAAAGCUUAGCAUUCCAUUAACACUGAUGCUGCUCUGGUUGAGGGGGAGAGAGUGUGCUGGCUGUUGGCAUGCAAGGAACCAGUGUUACAUCUGCACAGGCCAUUAGAGCCCACAUGCUGCAAACUAACCUGUAGCUCACCACCUUUUCUUUCUAUAUUUUCUUGAAGAAUGUUUCUUAUUGACAGUUAAAUGUAUAUACUGUACAUCUGUGUAUUAUUGAUUUUGAAGGUUUGUUACUCUCGUAUGCCAAUGAAUUUGCAUGGACUAUUCUGUAUCUAUAAACUGUUAUACAAAUAUCUAUGGUAAUCUUGUAUGACUGUUUUAAAUCCACUGCAAGUAUUUAGUUAACAAAAUACAUUGCAGAGGGAACUUCAUUCUCAAAAAUAAAAGUUUGAGUUCC